UCUCACCACCCGCAGCCUUUGACUCUUCCCUCCCCACCCCCCUCCUCCCGCCCGACCAAUCACAGAGCUUCUUUUUUAAUCACAGCGCUUCGAGGCCGCUCCGCCAAUCGGCGUCGAGUUCACAUUCCUCGCUCGGGGCCCACGGAGAGAGAGAGGAGGAGGAGGAGGAGAGAGACAGACUGCAAGAUGGCGGCGGCUCGCUGAAGGAAUUCGUUGAUCUCACCCCCCCUCCCUCCCGCCGCCGUUAUAAACCGAACGUCCUCCGAGGAGAGCACGAGAGGCCGCAGCGCGGGCGAGGAAGGAGCCGGCCGCUCGCCGUGUGGCGAUGACAUUAUUUUUGUUUUAAUUAUUGUUUUAUCGAGGGCAGCGUGCGUGGCUCCGCCUCGGACUGGGAUACAGCAGACAUUUUCUUUUUUUCCCUUUUUCCCCCCACCCCUAUUUUUUUUCUUUUUAUUUUUACCCUUUUUAUUUAUUAUUAUUAUUUUAUUGUCCCCCCUCGUUCCCCCCCUCGCGGUCCGCCGUUGCCCUGUGAAGGCUGUGUGAAGGCAGGGUAGAGGUCGGGCACGGCCUGUGCCGUGUGACGAGGCCGCCAUGACGUCCAUCCAUUUCGUGGUGCACCCGCUGCCUGGCACCGAGGACCAGCUCAAUGAUCGGUAAAUACAGCCCGGGGAUUGGAAGGGCCGGCCUAGGCCUCACACUGGGGUACAAGGGGCUGCUGGAGAACUACAACUCCCAUGAUGCCACAGCAUGCGUGUAAAAGCAUCAUGGCAGCUGGAGGGCCACACUGAGGGAUGGGCACAUUACCCCAGAUGUCGUAGCACUGUAACUUAAUAAUAAUAAUAAUAAUAAUAAUAGCUUCCAUAAUGCUUUGCCUUUUCUAAAGGCUGGCAAGGCAUCAUGGCAGCUGGAGGGCUACAGUGAGGGCUAGGCAGAUUACCCCAGAUGUUGUAGACCUGUAACUUAAAGGACCACCAUAGGCACCCAGACCAUUUCAGCUCAAUGAAGUGGUUUGGGUGCCAAGUCCCUCUAGUUUUAACCCUGCCUGCUGUAAACAUUGCAGUUUCAGAGAAACUGCUAUGUUUACGUUAGGGUUAAUCCAGCCUCUAGUGGCUGUCUCAUUGACAGGCGCUUCUCACUGUGAUUUUCACGGUGAGAAGACGCCAGUGUCCAUAGGAAAGCAUUGAGCAAUGCUUUCCUAUGGACGGGCUGACUGCGCGCGCGGCACUUGCCGUACAUGCAGCUGAUGACGUCGGGAGGAGGAGAGUAAGUGAUCAGCCCGGUGGGAGGUGUGGCAUACUAUAGUGCCAGGAAAACGCACUUGCUUUCCUGGCACUAUAGUGGUCCUUUAAUAACUUCUUAAUGCUUUGCCUUUCUAAAGGCUAUCAUGGCAGUUGGAGUUCUCUAGAUCACUGGUUCCAAAGCCAGUCCUCAUGACCCACCAACAAUCCAGGGGGUUUUAUUUCCCUGUUUUAGUCCAAUGGAGAUACUGACAAAACUUGGACUGUUGGCGGGCCAUGGUUUGGGAAACGCUGCUCUAGAACAUCAUGGUAUGUCAUAAGCCUUGAUCUACAGUAACGGGGCGGCGGGGAUUUGUCUUUUUUGGCAAUCUUGAACUAUGGCAAAUCAAUUGGACAUAAGUCUGAAACACAAUUUUCCCCUAAUGUUGAACGUUAAGGCUGCAUAAACCGUUUUGGGUGUAAAUCAACUCUCUAACGUGACUAUAUACGCACUGCAUGAUUUCUUUUGGGCAUUAUUACAGGGUUCAUGACCACUUUGUGUUUAUUGUAUAAUCCUUGGUUGUUUUUGUCUUCUGUUUACCAUGUGGCUUAUCCGAUAUUUUUCCUUUGGCUUGGUUUUGUACCAACUGAAGAAUUCAUGUUCUAUAGACCCAAAGGGAUGCUAUAGGCACCAGUACAAUUUUUAGAUUAUUGAAGCCGUGUUAGUGUAACCAUUUAGGAGUUAAAUCAGUUUGUCUGCAUGUGACUUCCUGAAAAGGAAGCUCCAUGUUCUUGGAUACUUUAUUGCACAGUCUUUUUUUAUUUUAUUUUUUCAAUCUCCUCCACUGUAAUAGCUGGCUUUAGGUCUGACUUCUAAAUGGCAGAGACUUGAGCAGCAAAAACUGCUUCAUUAAAGGCUCAUUAAAGUGGUCUGGGUGCAGUGCCCCUUAACCCUGUAAAUGUAGUUAUUGCUGUUUUUGAUAAAGGUAAACCUGUUUUCCUGGCACUGUAGAAUCCUGCAGUGCCCCCAUACUGAGUCGCUGAAGGGUUUAAAACCUCUUCAGUUACUUACCUGAAUCUCAUGUGCCCAUGAGAAAAUGUUAGCUCAAAUGGGGGCAGAGAAACGGCUAUGUUUCACUGAGGGUUAAUCCAGCCUCUAGUGGCUGUCCCACUGACAGCUACUAGAGGCACUUCUCCCUGUGAAAAUCACAGUAAGAAGAUGCUGGACGUCCAUAGGAAAUGCUUUCCUAUGGGCGGUUUGCACAUGCGUGUGGCACUAGCAGCACAUGCCCAUUCGGCGCUGACGUCGGCAGAGGGAGGAGAGUUCCCCGGCGCUGGAGAAUGGUAAGUGUUUUUAACCUCUUCAGCCCAGUGGGAGUGGGACCUUGAGGGUGGGGGGGACAUAAUGACCCUAUAGUGCCAGGAAAACGAGUUUGUUUUCCUGGCACUAUAGUGGUCCUUUAAUGGAACACUCUAAGCAUUAUAACCACUUCAGCCUGCUGGACAUGGGGCCAGGAGUGCCCUGUCACUGACUUGGUAUAACUUGUUACACCAUGUUAGUAUGGUUUGACACAUUACCUGGGUGCCCACGGUUGCAUCUGCUCUUUUUCUGCAGGAUUAGCUAGAUGUAACUUUUCUGCUAGUUACAGCCAGUAGAGUGCUCUGCUAAUUGACUGACAGUGCUCAGCAGAUGUUCUCUGCCAAGGAGUACAGCUUUCCAUGGCCCUGUUUUGCUUAUUUAAGCAAACUCUCCUGCAGGAGAGUUCCAGAAACAAGGUAUGUGAGUGCAUGAUGGCACCCAAGUAAGUUGUUAAAUCAUUCUAAAAAAUAAAUGCUUUGUGGCAGUGCCAAGACACCAUAACUGUUGCAAUGGAUAGUAGUGGUUAUCAUUCUUAAAAUUCCUUUUAAUCUAUGCCUGCACAAAUCAGUCUGUCCUGGAUUUACCUGUGGAGUCUUAGUCAUUGAUAAAAACUUCACGGGUAAAUCCUGGACGAUUGGAUAAUUCAUGAAUAGAUCAACAGGACUUUCAUUCAUUCCAACCAGCUAAAAAGCAUUGAUAAACAUAUCUUUAAAAAAAAAAAAAAAAAAAUUAAAAACAAAAGUGUGGAGACAAAACUUUCAGAAUGGAAAAUGUACUUUUCAUGGACUUGGUAAAUUGUACCAAAAAUCACAAAAGGAUGAGUGCAGAAAACAUCCUGACAUUUUGUCUUUUAAAAAUGUUUAUAGGAUAUAAGCGAGCCCAAAAGCACCAAAUUAUGUAGGCUGAUUCAUAAGUAUGGGGUUUAUCCAUUGAUUGUAGUGACUGAAGUGGUCUGGGUGUACUCUCCCAGUCCUCUUAAUCCUGCAGUGUUAGACAUUACAGCUUAACAGAAACUAGUUGGAAAGCGUGUGCAUUUAAUGUAUUAAAUAUGGCAAGUGCGCUUGGUGUUUGUGUGUAACCUAUUGCCUCCCAAAAGGAACUGUUGCUAACCCAUCCAGUGUUGGUCAUUAAUGGACUUGUGAUGAUUAAUAACUUCAGAAGGCAAACCUAAAAUGCUGCUUUUGUUAGCUAGGCUUUUCUUCAAAAUCCUAGUGUUCAUUCUUAGUGUAAGCUGUGGUUUUUUCUUUUUGUUUGUUUGUGGGUAUAUGUAUAUCCUAAUGAAAGAUUUGAUUUUAAUCUGAAAUGUUGACGCAUCUAUAAAGUUUUAUUUACCUAAAAAUUCUGGAGUGCUAUCCAUUUCUUCCAUUCCUAUAACUUUAGGCUGGAUUAAGCACCAGGCCAUCAAAACUCUUGAGAGAGAAAAUAAAUAAUUACAAAUAUUGGCGGUUUUUUUCUGUUUUCCCUAACUUUGUUGUCACAAUCAUGCUUGAGUUGUUUUGAAGAAGGUGAUGUGCAUACUAGGGUACCAGAAGGUUACUCAUUUGGCUGUCAUACUACUUGAUGCUAUUGGUAUUUUCCCAUGCCUAAGGCACUUGGAGAAACUGUCACGUGAGUGUUUUGACCUGAUUAAACAAGGUCCUUCUAGGUUUUGUGUGUACAGUAUUCUAAAUAUUGUUAUGAAUCUUAAUAGUUGAUUAAAUUGCAUGAACCUCUCUAAAUGAAGACUGUGGUAAUGUUAUCAUGUUUUUAACAAAGCUUACUGUGCUGUCCUUAAUUAAUCAUAGCAAAAAAAAAUUUCUAAGCCCUAAACAGAACUUUUGAUGGCCACAGAGACCCAUUUUCUUGCCCAGCACUUAUUUCCACAUUAGUGUUGAGUUUGGUUCAGUUAUAAAGAAACGGAGGUUCUUAUUUAGAGAUUUUUAUAAAGCUCCAAUUUUAGGGCAGUUUAUCUAUAUAUAUAUUUUUUUUUUUUUCCACUAAAAUUAUUUGCCAUAAGUUGUUGUGGACAAAAAUUCUCAUCAUGUCUAGCUAAACUCUGGGUGAGGUUAGUUAGGGUUAUAUUCCACCCAACCUGUUUAGCAAGUGGCUUUUCAAAAUAAAAGAAAUAUCUUUUAAAAUAAUCAUUUUGAAUAAGGCUGUAGGGACAGUGUCCAUAACCGCUUCAGUAAUAUUAAAGGGACACUAUAGGCACCAAAACAACUUUAUCAUAAUGAAGCAGAUUUUGUGUACAGAUCAUGCUUCUGCCAUCUCACUGCUCAAUUCUCUGCCAUUUUAGUGAUGUCGCGAACUUGCCGCGAACCGUUCGCGGCAAACUCCGGUCAGCUGACACAUCCCUGACAAUCUCCGGCAGACCCUCCUACUUCCUGGACAGCAUCCAUGUUGAAGGCAGCUUCAACAUGGAUGCUGUCCAGGAGGUGGGAGGGUCUGGGAGGGAGGGUCUGCCGGAGAUUGACAGGGAUGUGUCAGCUGACCAGAGUUCGCCGCGAACGGUUCGUGGCGAACCGUGGCAAACCGUUCGCGGACGGUUCGACAUCACUAUUGCCAUUUAGCAGUGAAAUCACGGUUUAUGCAGACUUAAACACGGACUAUAAAGAGAUCUAAUGUUUAAACUUCCUUAUUGCAUAUUAUGUUUAAUUCAGAAUCUCUUAUUUCCUGCUCUGUUGAUAGCAUUCUAGAUCUUGCAGGUGCCUCCUGUGUGUGAUUUUAAAGUUCAAUUUACAGAGCGGUGCAAGUUAAGUGAUUUAACUUCUAAAUGACAGAGCGUUGAGCAGUGAGACUGCAUGUGCUUGAUCGAUAAACAAAGUUGUUUUGAUAAAUAUAAUAUCCCUUAUGGUGCUUAGCAUGACCAGUUUUUCAGAACCUUGUCUGACUCAUGUUAAUUGUUGCUAUUUAAAGUGUGCAAUGCAUAUCUUUGCCUAUUUUACACCCCUGACUGAAUGCUACGCUGGGUAUCUGGUGGACUCGGGUUGCAGGGAAAGGUGAGUUUUACUUGGCUGAACCUAUCCCUCGCAGCUGCUGCCAUGGUCUUUCUUCUUCUACUGCCAGGAAUCCACAUCAGUAUUGGACUUUUGAGGUGCGUGAGAGUACAGCACUGAGGUCGGUGGAGGAGACUGCAGGAUUCUCGGUAGACAAAGCCAUUUUCCCUACAACUGUCACUAGUGACUCCUAAGAAAUAUGACAACUUGACCAAGUUAGCUCUGCCUUUUGUCAAGUGUAGGGAAUAUACUUAGACAAAGCAGUCUGUACUUUCUUAGGGUAUCUUUUGACUGAUAUGUAAUCAGUUAAAUUCUGGUAUAGUCAGUAUGAGUAUUUCAUAAAGAUUUUCUUUUGAUGUACUUCUUUUGGAUGGGAAGAGGAAGGGGUGACAGAGCCACUUUAAGACCAUUGCACAGACUGGUUUUCUGUGCAACAUGCAAAUGGAUGCGUUCUUACAAUAGUAGGUUGCCAUUGAAUGGUGACAGCUGUCUGUACAAAGCAGUACAGCUGCAUGAUUGGAUAUAAAAGUUACUACUGAUGAUUAAAUGGACACACUUAUUAUGAAGGAGUGCUGAGAGGAAAGCGUGCUAUGAUCUUCCAUGUGCAUUCACUGCAGCACGGCUGGAGAAAGUUACAAUUGGAUCAGAUAACUAUGGAAAAGCAUUGGACUCAGCUUGAUUAUCUCAGCCAUGGAGGCAGUGACAGCCGCAGCAAUACUGGCUUGCUGUAGUGAAUAAGGCGAGUAAAAACACCAUUCCCAUGCAAUCAAGGAUGGAGGGAGAACGGUGGGCAGUCACUGACUCUCACACAGGGUUUUUUUGUUUUAAUUCAAUUCUGUUCCUCCCAGCCUACCUACCUUUUUUGUGAAAGCUGUAAAUUGACCAGCUUUCCCUGGGGUCCAGUGAGGAUCCUCUUCUUACGCUGUUUAGUGAUGCCAGUGCGGAGGUGAUGUUGUAUUCGGCUCCCGGCGUCACAGCAGGGCGCGCAAGGGGCCAGAAAAAGAAGAUUGCAGCUCCCUCGCCGCAGGUACCAUGCUUUACAGCCUGCUACUCUUCCGCCUCAACAGGAAUGGGCUGACAAAACCCAGCCGCUAGGGCAAAAUUCCUAGUCUUCAUGAUUACCUGGUGUCUGGGAUUUGUCAAACCCUAUACUAAUCAUGUAUCCAAAACUGCCAGACAUUCAAUUGGUGCAGGCAAUUAUUUUUUUUGUAAAGUUUAAAAUGGGCUUUGUUAAAGCUGCCGUUCUGUAUGUACAUUUUCACCAACAAAAAUGUUAUUAGGCCACUAGUUCAGGUUGGCACGAGACUUGAACUGUGCUGGUAAGAGUCGAGUCUUCAGAUUUACACAUGGAGCACUUUAUCUCAAGCCCCGUGCUUUAUACAAAAUACAAAGAUCGGUGCCAGUGCUCAUUUAAUGUAGAAUAGUGAAUGUAUCUUUCCUUGCUGUUUUCACAAAUUAGUUUAGUUAAUUUUAUAAUCAUGAGAUCCAUUGCAAGAUUUUGUAUUUCUAUUAUAGCUCAAUCAUUUUGAGACUUUUUCCACUUUUUUAUUAAUAUUUAAACAUUCUCUUUAUGCUUUAAUCUACAUUAACAUGCCACUUACAAUAUAGUUAUGUCAAUAUUGUAAAGUGCUAUGGAAUCUGUUGGCGCUAUAUAAAUGGCAAUAAUAAUAGCAUAGGUUUGUUGAAUAACUGUUUUGCCUCAUUCACUGGUUUAACUGUACUGCAGCAUGAUGGUGUUUUUAUUUCUGACCAUGUGAUUCCUGUAAAAGGAAAUCCUGUGUGCAUAAACAUUCACAUGGCACAGCCGAUGUAAACAAAAUCUGAUUUUGGCCUCACAUAAUUACUGUCAAUCUCACACUCCUAUGAAGCCUUGAGCAGUUUCCUUUAGUUUUAGUCUACAAGUGUAAUUUUUGUAAACCCUUGUGCAGUAUUUUAAGUUCUCAAGGAGAUUUGUAUGGCAGUGUUUUUAUCUUUUGUGUGUCCCUUCCACUUUUUCUUUGUGGAAAUUUGUUGCUGAUGCUUUUACACAUCAUCGACCUCAUUUUACACCUCGCAGUAUUUACUCAGUGCACCCAGAUGUAAUUCAUAGAAUUCACUUCUCUUUGACAAGUGAUUACUUUUUAUGAUCUGGUGUACUGAAGGAACAAAAACAGGGGUCAGUGCUGUCUUGAAACCAAUAAAAGCAUUUGGCGUGUUUAGAGUGAGUAGUGCACUGGAGUUAAAUGUAAAGCAUGCUCCCCAAGCAUCUCUUAAGGUGCUAUAUCUGUGCACUCACGGCACAUGCUUGGAGUGUUUUUGGUACGCCAGGCAUAUCGUAUAACUCACACAAACACUAAACAGAUUCCCCCCCUAUCUUUCUUUAGAUCAAACUGCUCUCCUAGGGCCUGAGGAUCUAGACAUUAGUGACCCGUAUGCAGUUUAAAGUCUGAGUUAAUUUGCAAUGCACACUGGUGUGGGGUUUGUGACUUGAUCUUAAAGUGGCUCUCUUACCCCCAAAAUAUGUAUUUAUGAAAUAUUCAUAAAGACUUUGUUGGAAUUCAGUCAAAAGAUCCCAUAAGACAAAGAAGGGGUUACUUUUGUCUUGUGGUAAAAACCUAAUUUUACAAAAGGCAUAAAGUUUACCCACAGCUGCCUGAUGUCGGCAGCUAAUGGGUAUUUAAUUUUAAAUUCUAGGAAAACGCAAGCCCUGAUUUUGUGUUUGAAAACUCUUUUUGGACAAGCCUGUAACAAACUGUUGAUCUUGUCAAGAGGACAAAUCAAGGAAAUUAACUUCAUAUUGGGAAAAGGUGUUGAUAAAGGCUAUAACCUAGUUUCAGCUUGUGCUUUGAAAGAUCUAGCUGUAUUGCAUAUCAUUAGAGCAUCAUGUUGAUGGAGGCCAGAUUGCAGGAUGUCAAGAAAGAUGCUUAUUAAGAGAAUUGGUUAGAAUAGAUAGUUUUGAAAUAAUCCCACUGUUUUGGAGGAUAGUGAUGUUGAGGAGAGAGGGCAGUAAGUAAAGUUGGUGUGUGUUUUUUUUUUUUUUUAUUUUUUUUUAUGUUUUUGAACAAAGGAGCCUAAAAAUGUUGGCAGUGUCUUGUGAUACUAAACAAAUGCAUUGGUGAUAUCCUACAGAAAUGGACCAAUUUGUAAGAGGAGGCCCAAAACACACAUGCUUUCUGUAAACGCUGAAUUGUGAACAGGAAACAAAAUAGAAAACUCAGACUGAAUAGACAAGCUGUGACUGUAGCCAAAUUGGAAUUAUUAUUAUUAUUAUUAUUUAUAUAUAUAUUUUUAAAUAUCUAUUUGUUUUAAUUCAUUCCUAUGAAUUUGUAUCGUCCUGUCAUAAUUCAUGCAAGUGGUGCUUUUUGGGUGUUGAGAUGUAAUGCUUCUAAAUGUUUAACUUCCUUCCUGCAACAAGGUUCCCCAUAACUACCGUAAUCUCUUCUAGAUAAUGUCUUCAAAAUCGUAAAGGGACAAUUACCCUGUAAAUUUGCAAGCAAACCCAUUUUAAACACACGCAUUGUAUGUAAAACUUAGAAAAGUAUGUAGUAAAAGUUUAUAAACUUGGUCUGGUUGCAAUGUUGUGCAGCUGUGGAGUUUCUUCAGGUUCCCUCCUCCUGCCUAUUACACAUCAAUCUCUGUUUCAGACCAGUCCGCUAAUGACAUAAACUGGCCAUCGUUCUGCUGAAGAGCGAAACCAGUGUAGCCUAUAGAUAGAGCAAUGAUUAGAUCAGUGUCCCUCCUGGAGUUGUUAUGGAAAACAUAAGAAAGUAGAAGCUGAUAAAUAUGAAAUUAAUUUAAAGGAUCACCAUUAUAAAUAUAUUUAUAACGUUGACUUGUUCCUACUCUGCCCUCCUGUCUAUUGAAAAUCCUAUUUGUUUUAAAUUUGGCAUAUAUUCAGCAGACAGUGGUCUGUCAUCAUCCUGAGUCUUUGGGUGUUUUUUUUUAAAAAUUUUUAUUUAACAAAAGCUUUUAGAUUUGCUUCUGUUCAAACUGUCUUAAGGUUUUAGAAACUAAUUUGUAAUAUGUUUAUUCUUUUUAGGUUAAGGGAAGUUUCUGAAAAGCUGAAUAAAUACAACUUAAGCAGGUAGGUGAAAAUCUACUCAUAGAUUUGAUUUUAUCUGCAAAUUGCUUUCCUUAGUAUUGUGUAUUAAAACUAUAUUUUCAUAUGUCGAGUUUUGCAAUAUGGCCUUUUCUAGAUUCUAGAAAAUAAAGCUUGAUGAAAGUAUGACCUAAAGACUUUUCGGUGUACAAUAAUGAGAUGAGUCUGUUAGUACUGUAGUACUUGUAUAAUAUCCCUGGUAUGUCAGCGGUCCCUAAAUCCCUGCAGUAGCUAGUAAAUGGACGAUCUUGUAGGAAGGACAAGGUGUUAGGAGUAUUGGAGUAAUAUCAUCUGUUAUGGAAACGCAUGACUUAUAAUUGCAAUAAUUUGCAAACCCUGCUGCUACUGAAAGCCCAUGAGUAUUGAUGUAGAAGUAUGAAAUUUGCUUUGAUGUCAAACCGCCAUUUAACGUACCGUGUGUAGGUCUCAUGCAUCACUUGGAUGUAUAUGUAGUGUUGAUAACCAAAAUCACUUCACCUAAAUUAAAACAAAGCUGUUACAUGAGAAAUGGUGGUGCUUAGACUUUGCUUUUUCCACACCUACUAGUGAUUGUCUUUCAGAGAGCCUCUAGGGCAGAGGUCGGCAACCUAUGACCAGGCACACUAGACCUCUGCCCCCAAAUGAGCUACACGAACCAGCCCACAUACAUAUGCAAUCCUUUAAAUAGCCCACAUAGACAACACCCCUCACACAAUUCACUAGGAAGCCCACACACGCAUAACACAACACGCAACCCUCAUACACCUAUACUAACAUCAAACAGCACACCUAGUACCACGAAUACAUAAGACUUUUUCCUCUACACACACACACUUUUUAGAGACAACACACACAAAAACCUACUUCCCACUUCAGGCAGCUCACACACAAACAUAGAUACCAAUAACACUCCACACACAGGACUUUAGACAAACACUCAAAUACCACAAACAACGCACUCUCAUAACACAACAGGCAGCCUACACACUUACCACAAACAACCACACAUACUCGGCUCCUCAAAUAGUUCCGGCCGCAAACUUGGUCAACAGCCCACAUUCUCACGCAAAACCCUACAUGCCAACAACUUUGCACACAAUACAAAAACUAUCGGUCUCGCUGAUAUUCAGUAUUUUUGGCAAUAUCGGUAUCUGCCAAUAAAGAAGCCGAUAAUGCAUACCAGGACUGCUGGGCCCAUGACAAGCCUGGAGGGCCAAGCAAGCACUUACUUAAGCUCCCUUCAGUUCCCCUGUGUAAAUCUCGCGCGUACCACAGCCAAAAGAGCGUUACAUGGCAAUGCUCCGCGCAGCACACAGGCUGCGAGAUUUACACAGGGGAGCUGCUGGGAAGGUAAGCGCUUGCUGGGUCCCCUCUGCACAGUCCAGACCACCAGGGAGUACUAUAUUCCCCCUCACUGGCCAAGUAACAAUCAGGGACGGGGGACCAAUAAAUAAAUAUAUUUACAAUAAAUUUACACAAAUUACAUAUCUACAGAAACACACACUGUGUUAUAUACACAAAUACACUGCAUUCACUAUAUAUACACACUACCCAAACACUCUGCAUUCAUUAUAUACACACUGUAUCCACUACAAACACACACACCGCUCCCCUGUCUAAACACACUGCAUCCACUACAUGUGGCAUGUAUAUUUUGUGCGUUUACAGAACAUCGGUAAGCUAUCGGCCUGAAAGUUCACUGAUUAUCAGAAUCGGCUCUAAAAAAAAUCAAUAUCUGUCGAUCCCUAACACAAACCAUGUUACAAACUACACACAGUUCAUAUAUACACUCUAUCAUGAACGUGGGCUAUUGGCCCAGCUGAGACAGUGGGGAGAGUGUGGAAAUGAAGGGGUUAAUGACACAAGCAACCACUAACUUAACCCCUGCAAUCCCUUCUACACUAGCACCCUCGUACACCCUUUACUGCUACCACCAAGACUUUAUACCUGGCAUCUUAGGUUACCCCCACACAGUAGAAUUAUAGUAUCACAACCUUAAUUUACUGGUCAGACGUAUAUGAUUAAGCCUUUUGGUAACGCGUUUACCUGAACUUUCCUCAGAGUGAGAUCAUGGAGAACAAAGACACAAGCUGAUUAAGUAAACAUUUAAUCUGACAAAAAGAUUCACAGUGCUGUGUACAACAAUGGAGAAAUAAAUGACAUACAGAAACACAGAUAAAUUGCAAAACCGUCCAUAAAAUAGGAGGAAAAACAAGAAAUCCUUACAUAGUUACCCCUUCUAUAUAAUUCUUAUGGAAGAUUCGGAUGUUACAGGUCUCCAAGUAGUUGUUGGGGGAAUAAAAGAAAAUCUCUCACUGGAUAGUCCAACAUCCAAAAUAUAUACCUUUUUAAAACUAGCUGUUUCUCAGUGGGCAGACCCCUGGGUGGAUCAGAGGGGUUUGGCCUGGCAGUUUAUUUUCUUAAAUUAUGUUGUCCUUUGAAGAACCCAAAGUCAGAACAUACCGUAUAUACUCGUGUAUAAGUCGAUCUCAUGUAUAAGUCGAGUGCAGUUUUGUGACCAACAAUUGUGAAAUAUGCUAUGCCUCGUGGAUAAGUCGAGGGUAAAACUUGGGGCUAUGAAAUUCUGUGAUUUUUAUAAUUAUAUACACACACACUCAUACAAACACACACUCUGCAUUAAACACACACACUUAUACAAACACACACUCUGCAUUAUAUAUACACACACACUCAUACACUUAUACAAACCCACACUCUGCAUUAUAUACACACACUCUGCAUUAUAUACACACACUCUGUGUAUAUAAUGCAGAGUGUGUAUAUAAUGCAGAGUGUGUGAACUGGGUGGGGGGAGGGCAUUUUUAUUAUUUAAAUUUUUUUUUUUUUUUAAUAUUAUUUUUUAAUUAUUUUUAUUUAUUUUUUGUCCCCCCUCCCUACUUGUUAACUGGUCAGGGAGGGGGGCUAUCUUAAUCCCUGGUGGUCCAGUGGCAUGGGCUGUGAAGUGGGGGGGCCGGCAGAAAGCAUUUACUUACCUUUUCUGCAUCUCCUGUCAGCUCACUUCUCCUCCGUUCCGGUCAGCUCCACUGUAAGUCUCGCGGUCUGGUUGCCGCGGGAUCGUUGCCAUGGCUCUGAUAGCCGCGGCUCUCUAAGUUGCCAUAAUACAGACAGUGACUCGAGUAUAAGUCGAGUGGGGGUUUUUAAGCACAAAAAAUGUGCUGAAAAACUAGACUUAUACUCGAGUAUAUACUGUACUCAUCAAUACCUUUUACAAUGCCCGAUGUCCAGCUCUGGUGAUGGUUAUCUUAGUAGUUUUAUGAAUUAGGCAUGGUGUAAGAUCAAAGCCUACAAUAAAGGUUAUCCAAACGUACAAAAAACUCAUUACAUAUGUCAAAUGCCAACUCAUGCUUUGGCAUGACACACUCUCAUAACACCACAGACAUCCCACACACAUAACCUGCAUUAAAUGUUGGAACUACAUAGGUCUCUAAGAUCAUGAGUGCGACCAUGCCCUCUGGUUUUCGCCUUUGCGCAAUGUAGAUGGGUGUCGAGGGUGCUGAUCUCCAAGCUCUGCUCCUUCACCCACCCUGCAGUGAUGCCACAAGCAGAAACUUGAUGUCACUCCGACAUCACUAAAUGAACAUGUGAGCAGAGCAAGAAGGGGACAGAAUCCACAUUAGACCCCCAGGGAGCUCUGAGGAGAGACUAAUAGGCCAAGACAGCAUUUGGCUAUAGCCCCGCCCUUCCAUACUGGCUAAGAUUAUCAGAAUUGCCUAACUCUGUCAAUCCAAUGCUUUCCUAUGGGAAAGUAUUGUGAUUGGCUGAGAUCAUGUCCGCAAAGGAGGUGGACCAGGGGCAGAUCCAGAUGCAAGGAGCCCUACACAGCGCUGGUAAGUGAGUAAAUCCCUUUUCUAACCUAAGGCAAGAAGGACCGACCACCUAAACGGUGGGUGUUAGAAAUACAUGUUUGUGUUCCUGACACUAUAGUGCUCCAAAAAAUUUGAUCCCUCAUCUACCAGUCAGUUAAAUCUUUAACAUUAGACGUGUGCCAGUGAAACACUGGGUCCAAUGCAAGAAUUGAUUGAGCGGAGAUGGUUCUCUUGCUCCUGGUCACUGUUACACCCCCAGCAGGCGCUUGCUAUAGGAAAUAUGGGAUGUACUGACGCCAGUCUGCUGGCAAUGAAGCCAGCGUGUCAGCAUUAGCACAGGGGAUUGUCAUGCUUGGUGAAGUGACCCCAAGCAGGGCCCAUCACUCCACACUCUCACGUAGCCAACCCAUAUAUACAAACGCAUUCCGCCAACCAAACAUACAUAUCGCACUCAGCCAAGCAACAUAAUUAGACUCAAGCAAGUCCCACACUGCCACCACACACAAAUGAUAAGCUUGCAAUGCCACAACAGCAGUAGCAAACAUAGUAGUAACCGUAUAUAACAUGGCAUUCAGAGAAACUACACAAUUUGUAUAGAUGUAUGGAGCAUUGAUGUGAAAAAUUAUAAGAGAAAACAGACAUGGUACACAUCUGUGCAUUCAAACACGAGACAAAUUCCCUUUGGGUGGUUAAAGUAAAAGGACCGGUGACUUGGUUUCCCCAGGCAAUUGGGUUUACAUGGGGCCAAGAUUAAACUAAAGUAUAUAAACAAAGUAAACGUGAACAAUGCAUUUGCCAACUGGAAUGUUGAAUAAGUGAGCCUCGUCUCAGAACUCAAGAGGGGGACUAUGGAAUAUGUAUAGGAGGGACCAUUGGCCUAUGCCUAAAUCGAUCAUCAUUGGUAAGCACUUGCUGUGUCCAGUAACAACGUACCGUUUUAGUGGGGGUGGUGCUUUUUAUAAUUCUUGCAAUGGGGCCCUGUGAUUCCUAACUAUGCCCCUGCACACACACAAAAUCUCUCAAAGCACCCAUGUGUAACACAAGCCAAAUUCCUCAACAUAAAUAAACGUUACUUUAAAAACAAUUGGAUUGGCUCCCUGUCACGAGUCUGAGAGUCUAUUGCGGUUAUUUAUUCAAGCUUUCAAGUCCUAAUUCCAGGUGUGCGGAAUGUAGUGAAAGUAAUCCCUUUGUGUAGAGUUUUCCCAAUAUAAUGGACUCAACCAGUCGCAUUGGGCCAAAGCAGCAAUCUGAAUUUUUAUUAGACUACACGCUUUUUAUGCAGUGCCACUGGCAUGGUGUUUCCAGUACAAAAUCACAGGGGUUUCCUUCCCACAAGCCAUUGUGUUUGAGAGAUAAUUGAGCUCCAAUUAAGGUAAUCCAAUUAUCUCCCAAAUAGGAAAACUUGCAUACAAUUUUUACAUCUCACAAAAAACAGCAUCGGAACCCCCCAAAAUUAUAUUCCCUAAUGGCCCCGAUCGGUGCGGUAAAAUGAGUUGUGUUUGUGCAACAUUUUGCCCGACCGGCUAAGAGGUGGUAGCCCAAAACCGUUCAGAGAAUUGAUCAGACUGGCCGGUCACUUUCGGGAGAUCCAUACGAACAAACUGACAAACGCAUCCUCUGGUUGUUAAGAAAUUGUUUCCAUCGUUCAGUAGUUUCCUACUCCAGAACGCUAUUCUCCUAGCUGGUCGGGAAGUCGAAUGGGCAGCUGAAACCAGUACCAUGUCGUCGACAACCACGUAUCACUGCCCACGGUAGGGAGACCAAAAUGGCCGCCAUUUGUUUGCACACUUGUGUUCAUAUAUAUAGCCACCCGGGGAAUACUUGUUUUUUGGUUAACAGCCAGGGGUGGUCAGUGAUUACGAGGUGUUAACAAGGAGGUCCACACAGAAUCUGUUCGGUAACCGAACAGAAGGGAACAAUUCCAUAAGAAUGCAGGGAAACAUUAGACCAGGCAUAGGCAAUCUUCGGCACUCCAGAUGUUUUGGACUACACCUCCCAUUAUGCUUUGCCAGCAUUAUGGGUAUAAGCAUAAUGGGAGAUGUAGUCCACAACAUCUGGAGUGCCAAAUGUUGUCUAUCCCUGCAUUAGACAAUACAAGGUAUAAUUAAGGGAACACUUACGAGGCGUCCCAUCUCCCGUGACGCUCCUUAAGGGAGUUUACUUUGGCACAGUGCUACUAAAAGGUUGCUUACUCCUGCACUGUGGGCUCUGUACUGAUAUAGAUACAAUAGCUAAAUCUGUUUUAAUUCUGUUUUGAAACAAAAUACAAGUUUAUCUAGUGCCUCUCUAUGAGAAGCCUCUGUUUCAACAGAUGGACAUGCUUUAUCUCUCUGCAGUAAGGGAUCAGUCCCUGUACUGGAUUUUAGGUAUAUAUUUUAAGUUUUCUGUGGUUAAAGCAGCUUUGUCUCCCUCACCCCAGAAACAUUCCAUUUAAAUUCCAAAGUUGUCACAAUACCGUAAGACUUUUUGUUUUUUGUAUUUUCCAACAUCUUGCCAAAAGAUUAAGCUACUGCUCUUAAGUUUUGCCUGUUACCCCAGCUGUCCCAGUUGAAGUGCAAAGAGGGUUGUUAUUAUGAGACUCAAAUUAGGGGUGGGGGGGAUAAUUUACCCUUGUAGUGACGAAUAAUAUUUUUACACUGUCACUCAUUGAAUUGGUAACUUAUUUGUUUCGGUUGAGUGGCCUGAAAAUGCUGGCAUCAAUGCAAUCCCUGUGGUGGCAGAUCACGGUUCUUUCCAACAUCUCCAUGUAUAGUAGUCACAAGCAAACAUUCAGAUACCUGGAAAGAGUAUCGUUCAAAAUCUACGGUUAUUAUACAUCUUAAGAGUGCUUAUGUUUGCCUUCCUGACCAAUUUUCUUUUCUUUUUUCUUCCUUCUAGCCAUCCACCUUUGAACGUACUUGAACAAACCACUAUAAAACAAUGUGUAGUAGGACCCAAUCAUGCUGCUUUCCUUUUGGAGGUAAAAUGCAACACUACCAGCAGUGUUAAUGUACUGAAAUUCAAAUUUGAGUUUGUCUAAUUUUUAUUUUUCCCCUUAUCAACAUUCAGGAUGGCAGGGUCUGCAGAAUUGGCUUUUCUGUUCAACCAGAUAGACUAGAAUUGAGUAAACCAGAGAGUAAUGAUGGGUAAGUCUAGUCAAUGAAGUCUCUCCAUAUGCUUACAUUUUUCAGUAUUUGUGUCCAGUCUUAAAAUCAGGGAUUAUAGUGUUUUGGACAAUCUUCAUAGUAUAACAGCGAGAAGGGAGCAAUCCAAACCAUGGAUUGUAUACUUUCUUAGUGUUUAAGCAAUGAGCACACUGUAGUAGUAUACAUAUAUGUGCCUCCCCUUAAUUUAUUCUGUGCAUUUGCUUGCAAUAUGAGUCGUCUUACAGAUUACAUUUUCUUAUAGUCUAGAAAAAGCAUCAGUGCAAUUGUAGAUACCCCAUGGCUUAUAAAACUAUUUGCAGAUUUUAUGCCGUCCUGGAUCAUUGACAAAUUGUUUGGAAACCAGUGGAUUGAACAUUCAAUGGCUGUCUGUGUUUGAGGCUUAUACUGCCAUCUUUUACCUUUCUAGAUAUGUUUCAGGUUGUUAGCUACAUUUCUACUACUUCAUUUUUACCUUUUUAGAAGCUGCAGCAAUGCAAACAACUUGCAUAUGUUGACUUUCUUGGCAAGGUGUGCUUCUUUGUAAAAUGAAUGUUAGCUGAUAUUGGCUUAUGUUGCACCUCACCUUUUUAAAUGAGACUAAAUUUCCCAAGGGUGUUGCUUAGGUUUGUGUCUGCCAGACUAAGUCCUCGAGCAUUUAAACCUGGGAAUCCAGGCUUUCUUAAAGCCCAGAUGGUGUGGUGUUUUUUGUCUUUUUAUAUAAAUAUUUUUUUUAUAUAUAUAUAUAUAUAAUUUUUUUUUUUUUCCCGCGUGUAUACCUUUUUAUUUAAUUUUUUUUGACUUCUAUUCCAUUUUUUGUUUCCAGUUCAAAGUUAAACACUGGUUCAGGGGCAGGAAGGACAUCCAGACCAGGCAGGACUAGUGACUCUCCCUGGUUUUUGUCUGGUUCUGAAACUCUGGGCAGACUUGCAGGCAACACCCUUGGGUAAGUUUUUUUUUCAUAGGAUGAAGGCUGAAGCUCUGUAUAGUGAACUCUCCAGAUCUGCAUUAUACUUCUGUACAAGCAUCCCCUUUUAACAAAUUGUAACUUUGCACACCUACUCUUAAAGCUGUCAAGUGCACCAUUUAGCUCCAUGUUGACUAUUCAUACAAGAUUUUCUUUCUGGUAUAGACAAUGCUAUUUUUCAAGUUGGUUUUAAAAUAACAAUUUAGUGUAUGUUUUUCAAACCUGAAUAUGUAUUCACAUUUCCAUGUCUGAUCCUAAAGCAGCAUGUUAAAGGGCACACCUUUAAGGGCCACUGACUAUAUGUGCCUGUAUAAAAAUGGGGUGUAUUAAGUAUCCCAUUCCAUGAAUUCAUAAUGUUCUCCAGUGCUGGAUUACGAUGACUGCAUAGAAUUUUUUUAUUUUUAGAAGACAUUAAAAAGCCCGAUCCUUUAUUUUUUUUAAAUAAAAAAAAUAAAAUAAAAUACAUUUUUGUUGAUCGGAUGAUACAUUUGUCUCUGCUAUUUUCUCUCCCUAUCACUUUAGCAGUCGUUGGAGCUCAGGUGUGGGUGGAAGCGGAGGGGGAUCUUCUGGACGGUCAUCUGCUGGUGCUCGUGACUCUCGCAGGCAGACACGUGUUAUUCGCACAGGAAGAGACAGAGGUUCUGGACUCCUUGGCAGCCAACCACAGCCAGUUAUUCCAGCAUCUGUUAUACCUGAGGAACUAAUAUCUCAGGUAUAUCUAGUGUAUUUUGAGCCCAGUUUUUGUCUACUCGAAGGUUUCGUGAUUAAUAGACAUUGUAACCAAAGUGUGUUUUGAGGGUUUUGUACCAGGAAUAGUAUUGCUAUUGUGGUUAGAUUUGGAGUUCAGACUAGCAUGAAAAUAAUAAAAUCUGGUCUUGCGAUAUAUCUGAAAGUAGUAGAGGCCUGCUCAUGUAGGAUUAUAUAAUUUUUAUUUAUUUUAAAUGCCCAUUUUUUUUUAAUGAAAAAACAAUGUUAUAACUAAUCUUACUUUGUUGUGUCAAAACUUGUUGUAAUUUUACACAUGCUUUGAUUUCUGUUGCUGAAAGCCCAAGAUAGCAUAGCCCAUAGACUGCGCUUAAUCUAUUACCUUUGAUUUUUGCAGGCACAAGUUGUCCUUCAAGGAAAAUCUCGAAGUGUCAUUAUCAGAGAGCUACAGAGGACAAAUCUUGAUGUAAACCUUGCUGUAAACAAUUUAUUGAGUCGUGAUGAUGAAGAUGGUGACGAUGGAGAUGACACUGCUAGCGAAUCUUACUUGCCUGGAGGUAAGUGUGGUUAGACUGGACAAAAUAAAAGAACACUCUGACACUAGUAUGGUUCCAAGCACGUAUUCGCUUGUAAUGCAGCAAUAUGGAAAAUGGUUCAAUUCACAUUUUUGUGUGAUAAAUGGCACUGCUGCAGACUUCUGAAUUUAGUUAAUAUAUUUGUGGAAUAUGCUGAGCACUCAAUCUGAAAAUAGUGAGACUAUUAGGACUGUUUAAAGGUUUGCUGCAAACUUCUAAUCCUAAGCUUUCUGGGGGAAGAUGCAAGUCUGAUGAAAAAUUAGGGCCUUCAAAGGUGAGUAUCUUGAAAGACCUAGGUCCUAUGUAUGUAUACACGGUUUAUGUUUGUAAAUAUGUGUGUGUAUAGUUAUUGGAAGUGCUCUUAUGAAAGUGACAUUAGGUUUUUUUAAUUUAUUUAUUUUUUUAAAUUGGAGAAAUAAGAUUUCAUCCAGAGUUGGUGCUAGCACAUGUAUAGGUUAAAGUAACAAUAUUAGAGUGAUAGGAAUACAAACCUCUAAAUCGUGAUUAGUAUGGCCCCCCUAAAUGAAAUUAAUGGGUUUUUACUUUUUUUCCUCCAUGCCAACGCACCAUGCAGCCACCUUUUUUGCUUCUUGCAGGCGUCUACUUGGUCUGAUCUAAUCUUGAUCAGACAAGCAUUGGGUACAAGAAGUGCAUACACAGCAAGCACAGAGCUCCUGCAAUUCCCUUUAACCAUCAGAACUUUCAACGUCCUCAUGCAAUGGGUGAGGACCUUGAACGUCACAGAACAGUCUGACUUGGUUGCAGGAGCUGAAACAUUUCCUAGGUGUGGAAGGUGUGCUUAGCCUUGCAAUGUAAAUAUUGGCAGAUCUACAAAGCGGUAGUGUUUUUCAUUGCAGGAGAAAAAUGAGAGGGUCACUGCACCCAGACCAUUCAUUGAGAUGAAGUGAUCUGCGUGCCUAUAGUGGUCCUUUCUACUGUUUGUGCGUGUUUUUAAUUGUUUCCUGCCUUUGCUGGUCCAUUCACCAGCACAGCGUAUAGAUUUAAAUUGAUAACGUGAAGUUGAUAUUAGCCACAUUCGUGCGGAUGACCUGGUUAGAUUUCAUUUAAGAUCAUUGUUCUUGAAUGUGGUGUAAUUUCUCAGGCCAGUGUAUUUUACUGUUUUGCUUAAUAAUGGCUUAUGAUCCUUGUGUUUAUAGAGGAUCUUAUGUCACUGCUGGAUGCGGACAUUCAUUCUGCUCACCCAAGUGUCAUAAUUGAUGCUGAUGCUAUGUUUUCAGAAGAUAUUAGCUACUUUGGGUAUCCAUCUUUUCGGCGCUCUUCACUUUCCAGGAUAGGCUCAUCUAGAGGUAAUUGUGUGCCUUUUGUCUUUUUAUUAAAAUCUUCAGUGUUGUAAAGCCUUAGCAUUUUAGCUCUUUCUGUGGUCAUAAGUUUUUUUUAUGUUGAACUUAAUGUUAGGCAGCUAGAAGGUGUUUAAGGUUCAUUAAACCGGGAGCCGUUUGUUAUAUAAAUUAGGAUUAGUUAUAUAAAUUCUAGUUCCACAAAUGACUGGUCUAUACCAGAUUUUUUAUUUUUUAUUUUUUUUUUCCUUGUCCCAGUUGUGUACUUUAUUGCUUUUUUUGUUACUUUCUGCAGUGCUUUAUGUAAGCUUCUUUCCAGAAAACGAACCUUAAAGGUACAAAUAUAAUUUCAUAGAUCUUGAACAUUGCUGGCUCUGCUGAUUUUAUUCUUAAAAAGAAGAAAAAAAAUGCCUAAAAAAAGUGUUCGUUACAAUACUUAACCCAAUAAAUGAGCUUUAGCCAAUUUUAUUUAACUUGGACUAUAGCUUGACCCUCUCAAUGCCCAAGUAAAUAGUACUGAUUGGGAUUCAGUUUUAUUAAUAUAGACUUUACUUGCUGGUAGAAAAGAAGGGUCUUAAAUAGAGAUUGGCUUACUUUUAUCCCACUGGUGUGACCCAAUUGCAUACCAGUUCUUCUUCUUCCCUUAGAGAGAGACUCUGAGCUGUUGCGCGAACGUGAGUCAGUUUUACGUUUGCGUGAGCGGAGGUGGCUUGAUGGGGCCUCAUUCGAUAAUGAAAGAGGCUCCACAAGUAAAGAAGGUGAGCCCAUCUUGGAUAAGAAGAAUACCCCAAUACAAAGCCCUGUGUCACUGGGAGAAGACCUGCAGUGGUGGCCAGAAAAGGUACGACUUGUCUUAAUUAUGUGCUGGAAGAGUUGUGUGUGUGUGUGUGUGUGUGUGUGUGUAUUUUUUUUUUUUUUUUUCUCCCCCCCCCAUCCAGCAACUUUUUAUAAUAACAUUGAAACUGCAAAUGUAUGUAGAAAAUGAACUACUGAUUUAUUUAUAUAUAUAUAUAUAUAUAUGCAUUUGAUAUACUUUUUUUUUUUUUUUUGUCAAGCUGUUGCAGUUAAGCUUAGUGGUACACACUAAUUCAUUCAUAGCAUACAUCUUCUGUGAAGAAGAUACAUCUUGGGUCUCCUUUUCGUAACAAUCUUAAUGUCCCCUUUUUUUUUUUUUUCUUGGUGUAACAAAUUUGGUUUGGAAUAAGUUGCAUAUCUUUACAUUUUUGGAACCAUGUGUCCUUUGGCAGAUUUGAGGUAAUUUGUUGACUAUAUUGUUAAUUGAGGGGUGCUUGUUCAAAUGGGAAGUCAAAUUUUUAAGGAGCAAUUAAGUUUGUGUUGGAGAUAGAUUAGCUUCACUCAUUCUUUUCUCUCCUGAUUCUAGGCUUCAAUUCAUAUGUCUUGCUUAAUGUGUCUAAAGUUUUGAUAUGCUAAAACCAGAAUAUCAACUGCAUUAAUCUGUUUUUUUAAUUUAAAUUUUCUUAAUGGGGUUUUAUAGGAUGGAACAAAAUUUAUUUCCAUUGGAGCACUUUAUUCAGAGCUGAUUGCAGUGAGCAGUAAAGGAGAAUUGUAUCAAUGGAAAUGGAUGGAAUCUGAACCUUACAGGAAUCCACAGGUUAGUGCUCAGACAGUUGUAUGCCACUCUUCAUUCUAUAGAAAUUCCUUCAUUCUUGACAUAUUAGGUCAGAUUGUAUCAUGCAGCAAACAUACUUGACUUAAAGCUGAAAAGUCACCGUUCCUUGUUCCAUCAGCUAUUUUAGUAUUUACUGUGGUGAAUAUCAUAGUAAGGAUAAGCUAAAGGAAAAAUAGAAAAUUAUCUCUGCUAUGCUUCCAUGUUUCAACAGAGAAAUGGCAUAUGUGUGCAUGCACAUGCAGCAUUUUCUCUGGCAGCGCAUGUGCUGUGUGUAUGGCACUGCAAGCUUUUAGUUUUUUAGGCUGUCCUGAAAGUGUAAAAGUGGCAGCUGCCUUUGAACAGCUUUUUGCCUUUAAAUAUUUUGUAUUUUUAUUAAUUUCACUUGUUUGUUUUGAUGGUCAUUUCUAAAUAUUAGAUAGAAAUGUGUCAACCUAAUACUUGCUACUAUAGUUCAAUAAGUAUCUUAUGGGUUUUUUGUGUGGUUUUUGAGUAGUGACUUUAUUUUCUCUCCUCUUUAUAACCAAUUUAUUAUUUAUCUAAAAAAAAAAAAUUUUCAGUUGAAGAUUGUUUACAUUUUUUUUUUUUUUUCCUUUUUAGAAUCCAUCACUACAUCACCCAAGAACAGCAUUUCUAGGCUUGGCAAAUGAGAAAAUAGUUUUACUUUCAGCAAAUAGUAUACGAGCUACAGUAGCUACAGAGAGCAACAAGGUUUGCACCGCUUGGAUUUUUGUUUGCUUCUUGGAUGAAAGUUAUGUUUGAAGUCUGUACCCAUUAACACGUUUUCUAGAUCAAAGUAUGCACAAGGCAAACUGUCUUUUGUACAAAUCUCCUAUUUACGUUGCUGAAUCUUUUUUUUAUUUUAUAUAUUAUAUAUAUUUUUUUUCUUUUUUUACUUUUUAAAAAAUUAAGAACCUGUGUGUUUGUGGUUAAAUAGCAUAAGUAAAGCGUUUUUCCUGGAUGUUGUAUAUGAUUUUAUUUAUGGAUUUUCUUUUACUUUCCUAAGGUUGCCACGUGGGUUGAUGAAACAUUAAGUUCUGUGGCUUCCAAGCUGGAGCACACUGCCCAGAUUUUCCCUGAGUUGCAGGGUGAUAAGAUUGUGUCUUUGCAUUGCUGUGCUCUUUACACCUGUGCACAGCUAGAGAAUAACUUAUAUUGGUGGUGAGUAGAAAUUUUGUCAACAUGUCUACCUGUUAUCCAUGUUAGGCCGUACUAGUACACUCUACUGUAUUAAUAUCUGAUAAGCUAGUGGCAUCUGCAAUAGAGACUUUCUCACUCUCCCUCCCCCCUCCCCCACCCCUGCCUGUUCAAGGCAUAGUAGCCAUAAGCAGAACUUGGAUUCAAUAUAACCAUUUUACUGGGGCGAUUUGCUAGUGUCCAUCUAGAAAGUCUACAUAAGAAAUUCUGUGCAUGUAACACUCUAUUAUGGUAGCCUGCACACUUAAUUUUGAAGCAUGGAGAUUGCUUUGCACAGGACAAAACCUGGAUGCAAAGUAUUCUGUGAACAUGCUGACAUUUUUACUGCGACUGGUGUGGCUCUGUUCACUGUGCAUUCUCAUGUGUUUACUUAACUUUUAACCCCUUAAUACCGGAGGGCGUACAAUUACGCCCUAUUUUAGGCAGCUCUAAAGGCCGCCGGGCGUAAUUUUACGCCCUCCAGUCUUUCUUUACUUUCCCGGUCCCCGGCGAUCGCGGUGGGGGGGGACUCCCAGGGAGCCCCCCGCGGCACGUCCGACUCCCUGGAAGCCCCCCCAGCCAUGUGAGAGUGAGGUCCUUGCGAGGACCCCACAAUCACAUGGCCGGGGGUAGCUGCCUCCUACAUUGCCUGCAGGGGGGCUGCCUGUAAUGACAGGUGGUCCCCCUGCUGGCUGAAAAUAAAAUAAAAUAAAUUAAAGUGUAAAAAUAAAUAAAUAUAUAUGUGUGUGUGUGUGUGUAUAUAUAGAUAUAUAUAUCUCUAGAUCUAUAUAUAGAUAUCUCUAGAGCUAGAUCUAUAUAUAGAUAUCUCUAGAUCUAUAUAUAGAUAUCUCUAGAUCUAUAUAUAGAUAUCUCUAGAUCUAUAUAUAGAUAUCUCUAGAUCUAUAUAUAGAUAUCUCUAGAUCUAUAUAUAGAUAUCUCUAGAUCUAUAUAUAGAUAUCUCUAGAUCUAUAUAUAGAUAUCUCUAGAGCUAGAUCUAUAUAUAGAUAUCUCUAGAUCUAUAUAUAGAUAUCUCUAGAGCUAGAUCUAUAUAUAGAUAUCUCUAGAUCUAUAUAUAGAUAUCUCUAGAGCUAGAUCUAUAUAUAGAUAUCUCUAGAGCUAGAUCUAUAUAUAGAUAUCUCUAGAGCUAGAUCUAUAUAUAGAUAUCUCUAGAGCUAGAUCUAUAUAUAGAUAUCUCUAGAGCUAGAUCUAUAUAUAGAUAUCUCUAGAGCUAGAUCUAUAUAUAGAUAUCUCUAGAUCUAUAUAUAGAUAUCUCUAGAUCUAUAUAUAGAUAUCUCUAGAUCUAUAUAUAGAUAUCUCUAGAUCUAUAUAUAGAUAUCUCUAUCAUCCAAGUAGAGAGCACUCUGGAGUCUUCGUUUUAUAUCAAAAUAAAUACUGCUUUAUUGUGCAGAAUACAAACAUGUCGACGUUUCAGUCACAAUAGACUUUUCUCAAGACCAUAUAUAUGAAUGAUCUAAGUAUAUACACACACAUACACUGUCUAGGUGUAUUUUACUAUUUAUAUAUAUAUAUAUAUAUAUAUAUAUAUAUAUAUAUAUAUAUAUAUAUAUAUAUUAAAUUACACGUAGACUGAUACUGAUUAUAUAUAAUUUAUAUAUAUAUAUAAUAGAAAAAAUUAAAUAUGUAAAUACGUUAAAAAAUUUAAAAAAUAAUAAAAAUAUAUAAAUGUGUUAUUUCGUUGUAACUGUAUUGUGAUAUUAAUAUAUAUUUAUAUCAAAAUACACGUAGAACGAAAUAAUAUAUAUCUACAUACAUAAAUAUAUACGUAUAUAUCACUAUAUAAAAAUAAAUAUUUAAAAAAAAUUAUAUACAUAUAUUAAUUCUACAUAUAGAUUUAUGUAAUUUUUUUUACAUAAUUGGGUAUCUUAAUUAAUUACAAUUAGCAGAACAUGCCUGACAACCCAUGCCAAAAGUAAAGGGAAUUUAAUUUGCUAGCACUAUAUUUAACCCUAUAACUUUCCAAAACCCCCAUAAAACCUGUACUGUUCUACUCGGGAGACUUCGCUGAACACAAAUAUUAGUGUUUCAAAACAGUAAAAUGUAUUACAACUAUGAUAUCGCCAGUAAAAGUGACGUUUUUUGCAUUUUUCAUGCACAAACAGCAGUUGCACGGACGAUAUUAUUGCUGUGAUACUUUUUACUGUUUUGAAACACAAAUGUUUGUGGUCAGCGAAGUCUCCUGAGUAGAACAUUCUCUCCCGAGCGUUUUUUGCAUUUUUCACACACAAACAAAUAUUAACGCUAACUUUGGCUAGUGUUUGUGACCAAAUGGCUACUAAAAAAGACUGGACAUACCCCGUUUGCAAUACCUCUGGUUGUCUACUAUUGCAAAUGGUAUGCCAUUAUGGGUGUAAAUUUCAUUCCUGGGCUACUAUACAGUCUCAAAGGCAACGUAACCAAUCUGGCGAAUUUCAAUUUAAAAUGUAACGUGCUAUAUUUGACCCUGUAACUUCCCAAAACGCCAUAAAACCUGUACAUAGGGGGUACUGUUUUACACGUGAGACUUUGCUGAAUACAAAUGUGUAUUUUAUUGCAGUAAAAGCAAACCGUAUUAUGACAUUGCCAGUUAAAAUGUCAUGUAGAACUAAAAAAAUAAAAAUCUUUUCUCCCAUUUUUUUUCAAAUUAAAUUAUGUUUCAUAGCUAAAUAUUUGAUAUUAAAUGAAAGCCCUGUUUCCCCUGAAUAAAAUGAUAUAUAAUAAGGGUGGGUGCAUUUACUAUGAAAGAGGCGAAUUACGGUUGGACAGACAUGUAGCGCAAAUGCCAGGUUUUGUUUACAUUUUGUUUCGUUCACAACGUGUACAUUUGGCUCCGUGUGUUGUAUUCAUUUAGUAAAAGAACUGUUCUUCAAAGAUGAUGGUGGCUUACCCAGUACUUUAUAACAGAGUUUAACAAACACUUGUUCUUUGGUAUGAAAACCUGUAUCUAUAAACUUUAAUUUUGUCUAAUUUUUUUUUUUUUUUGUCCUGUAUAGGGGAGUUGUUCCGUUCAGUCAGCGGAAAAAGAUGCUUGAAAAAGCACGUGCUAAAAAUAAGAAACCAAAAUCUAGUGGUGGAAUUUCUUCCAUGCCAAAUAUUACAGUUGGAACCCAGGUAACUCUCAUAAUUUAUAUAUUCAAUUUUAAAUUGAAGUCCUGAGAACAUAAAACAUUUAAGAGCACUAUAUUCACCAAAACAACUUUACCUUAAUGUAGCAAUUCUGGUGUAUAGAUUAUAACACCGCAGUCUCACUGCUCAAUUCUCUGCCAUUUAAGAGGUAAAUCACUGUGUAAAUGCAGCCCUAGUCACAUUUCCUUGCAUGUGAUUAGCACAGACUUCCUGCAAAGAGUCAUCUAAAAUUUAAACUUAAUUUAUUGCAAAUUCUUUUUAAUGUAGAAUUUCUUAUCUAGUCGGAGAUGACCACUUCUAGAGUAAACGACACAGGCUGCAUGAAAACAAAAUUAUUUCAUUUUUAGUCAGAUGUAAGUCACAACCAGUGGGGGUGUGGUUAGGACUGCAUAAAUAGAAACCGUGAUGUAAAUGGCAGAAAAUUGUGCAGUGACACUUCAUAUGCACGAUCUAUACACACAAACUGCUUCAUUGAGCUAAAGUUGUUUUGGUGACUCUAUAGUUUCCUUUUCAUUGUUUUUAGUACUGUAUAGUGAUUUGGUUAUGGGUUGUAGGAAUUUGCAGUUUUCUUUUGAAACCUGUCCAGUGGCUCCAAAGUAUGUUAUAUUUUUAUGGUGUAUGUUUGUUUUUUUAUCUUUAUUUUUUUUAUUUGCAUUUGCAUAUUUUAUAUUUUUAUCAUUUAAAAAGAACUGGUAAACUAUGCAUGACUUAAGUUUUGACAACUGUACCUUUAUUUCAGGUCUGUUUAAGGAAUAAUCCUCUAUACCAUGCUGGAGCAGUGGCUUUUUCCAUCAGCGCUGGAAUUCCAAAAGUUGGAGUUUUGAUGGAGUCUGUGUGGAAUAUGAAUGAUAGCUGCCGAUUCCAAUUGCGUUCACCUGAGAGCCUGAAAAACUUGGAGAAAUCCAGCAAAACUACAGAGGCCAAGUGAGCAUCGUAUUUCUUCUCAGUCUUUUUACCAUCUGCCAUUUUAAUUGCCAAUUUGUAAUUAUGCAUUUGAUAGGGGAUUUUUUUUACCGCUCCAAAUGAAAAAAUAUCAGCUGUUUACCAUAAUUCAACAUGUGUAACGCAGUACUCCCUUUCUUUCUUUUACAGGCCUGAAAGCAAACCAGAACCUGUUAAAACAGAGAUGGGUCCGCCACCAUCCCCAGCAUCCACUUGCAGUGAUGCCUCAUCUAUAGCAAGCAGUGCAUCCAUGCCAUACAGUAAGUCAUUGGCUAGAGAUAACCAAACCGUGGUACUAGUCAGAUUGCUGACCAUGCCUCUAUGGUUAUUAAUGAUCUGUUCUUACUUUACAUAACGUGAUGAGAUGAAGAGCAAAGUGCAUCUCUUAGAUAACACUGCUGUAAUUUAGAUAACCUACAGUAGGACCAGUGCAUUAAACUUGCCGAGUUGCUAGUCAAUAUAAUUGUCAGUUCUUCAAGUGACUUCAAGAGUAAAACAUUUUUGUAUGUGAAUUGUGAUUCAAAAUGUGUUGUCACAAUUCCUAGAAUGUGCCUUUUUCAAGCGCACAUGAUCUCCCAAGAUAUGGAUUCAGGACAGUUAACAAAGCAGAAGAUAGAAACUUCUGAAGUAAACACUCUAAGAGAAGGUUAAACAUUUGACUGCCAUGCCGUGUAGAGGCAAUUCUCUGAUGUGGCAUAGGCUGAUUAUGGGCAACAUCGUGGUGCUAUCAUACUACCAGCAUUGUAGGAAUUACUGUUAUUUUAUCUCCCUAUUCGUUCUCAGUGGUAUUCGAGUCAGUUUUGCUUUAGUCUGCUCUCCAUGUCUGCGUUGCUUACUUGAAAGAAAAGUUAACUCAUACCCAGCAAUUAGACAUGUAUUCAUGUUGAAUUUUUUUUUUUUUUAAACUAGGAUGCAAAACUACGAUUCUAUCCACAUUUGCUUAUCAUAUAACCCAUACUCAUGUUUUUUUAAAUGCUAAGCUUUGAUGUUCUCAUGCAUUUUUAUAAUCCAUGCCUUUUCCUUACAUUGUUAUCCUCUAAUGCCUCAAUAAAAACAGAUGGACAAAAAAAAUAAACCGGGAAGCUUGUAGGGGUGAGAGUCACAGCCUUCCCUGAGAGUCAGUAGCCUAAAUGGCUGUGAAUUAAACAGACUGCACAGGCAUGACCUAAAUACCAAAACCACUUAAAGGAUCACUGUAGGGUCAGGAACACAAACAUGUAUUCCUGACCCUAUAGUGUUAACAUCACCAUCUAGCCCCCCCUGGGCCCCUAAUGCCUCCAUAGAUAUAGUCAAAAUCUUACUGUAUUCAAGCCUGAAGCUGGAAAUCUGCAUGCUGUUAGACUCAGAAAAACAAGCAGUCUGCUGACAUGUGGUAGCCUGAUCCAAUCACAGUGCUUCCCCCAUAGGAUUGGUUGAGACUGACAAAUAUGCAGAUCAGGGGCAGAGCCAGCAUGAUUCAAACACAGCCCUAGCCAAUCAGCAUCUCCUCAUAGAGAUUAAUUGAAUCGAUUAAUCUCUAUGAGGAAAGUUCAGUGCCUGCAUGCAGAGGGAGGAGAUACUGAAUUACAGGAUGCUAUGCACAGUGCUGCCCUGUGCUCUGCUGACGGCAGAUCUGAGUGGAUGGAGGCAUAUUAUGCCUCCAUCAACUCCGAAGUCCCUCUGGUUAACUGAGUGACUGAAACUGGAGAUGUUCCUACAUUUCAAUGUAAACACUGUAUUUUCCCAGAAAAUGGUGUUUACAUGAGAGGCUGCAGGGAGCUUUAGUUCUCACCUGAACAAGCUCAUUAAGCUGACUUUGUUCAGGUGACUAUAGUGUCCCUUUAAUUGAGCAAAAGCUGCUUGGUGUCCCUUUACGCUUGUACUUACUCUAGACCAACGGUGCCCAAAACAGUAGAACUACAACUUCCAUGAUGCUUUGCACACCUUUUGAAUGUCUUUGGAAUGAGAAAGCAUCAUGGAAGCUGUAGUUUUUAAAACAGGGAUCUACCUUUUGGGCAUCCCUGCUCUAGACUGUCAUAACAAAGUGUAGCUAGUCCGAGAACAAUAUUAAUGUCUGAAUGUAAAAAUAAAAAAAUGUUAUGCUUCAUGUUUCUUGUGUGAUAUUUUAAAGUGAUUGUAGUUUGUAUAGCAUUCUAGUGGACUUAUUUCUAUUUAGUUAAGGUAUGUGUGUGUAUAUAUAAUUUUGGUUUAGUUAAGGUGUGUGUGUGUGUGUGUGUGUGUAUAUAUUUUUAAAACAUUCUGAUUUAUUAAGAUUUUCACAGUCUAGAAAUAAUUUUACAGAGAAGAAGCAGGUGUUAUACAAGCAUAUAUAUCUCUAUAUCUAUCUCUAAAUAUCCCGAUCUAUCUCCUAACCACAAUUUUGGUUUAUUAAACGGACAGGCACUACACUGCCCAAAUACGAAAGCAAUAAAGAUCAGUUUCGUGGGUGUACCCAAAAUCCAAACUUGCAUGCAUUUAAUUGUGAUUUCAUUGGGGGUAACUACGUUAUUUUAUAAGUGUCAAUUUCUAUUGGAAUCUGCACUUUUUGCAAAAUGUAAGCAAUAGGACACACUCUUCACUCAUGCUUUAGGGAUCUGAAGUGUCCCUUUAAGUAUGCACCACUUCACAUUAAAAUAAAAUUAUGGAUUCUAAUUAAGAAUCCAUGGUAAAUUUCCAAAACACAGGUUUACAGCAAUUAAAACUAAAAAGAAAAACUGUAGGGAGGUUUAGACUCCAUUAGUUUGACAGUUUAAAAUUGUGGAGUUCUGCCAUAAUGUGGCAGUUUAUAUUUGCUUGGUGUUGUAAUUCCCCAAAAUGGUUAAUACUAAAGUUUUUGGGCCUUUUAAAGAUUUUGUAAUAUUGAACUAGAAUUUAGUAUAACAUUUAGUAUAGCUGCUAUAAAUAUUGAUGUAAAAACUAGUUAACCAAAGUAUGCACCAUGGGUGCCUAUAAGGUAGGUCCACAGAUAUUUUAAAGCUGCAUUUAAAUGACAAUGUAACAUGUAAGGUGUAAUUCCAAGUAAUGUGGGGUUCUGCCUUUGGGCAUCCCUGAUGUACUCAAAUCUUCUUUGUUAAACUGACGAUCUGUAUCUUAGAACGAAGGAGAUCAACCCCUGCUCCUAAAGAAGAAGAAAAGGUGAAUGAAGAACAGUGGUCACUUCGGGAAGUUGUUUUUGUUGAAGAUGUAAAGAACGUUCCAGUGGGCAAGGUUUGUUUAUAUAGUCAUGAAGUGUGUGUGACCAAUUCUGAUUUAUAGAUUAUAUAUUUUUAACAAUGUAUGUAUGUGGUCGAUACUGUAUACAAAGGGUGUUUGGCCAGCAUCAUUUUAAAUCCUUAGCUCCUUUAAACGGUUUGCUAUAUACUUCCUCCUGCUUGUGUCAUAUGUUGAAUUAUUCUUAAUGAUUCUUUCUAAAGUCCAGCUAAAUUAACUUCAUAGUCUUAUUUUACUGCAUUGUUGCAAAUACAGUGCAUUUUUAAUUUUAGCAGGAAUUUAAAGGGUUAUUCCAAGCACAAUGACCAAUUCAGUGGUUUGAAAUGCUGUACAUACAUACUCAAGGCACUGAGAGCAUUUUGCUACAAAACCCCACACACACACUUGAACCCCACUACUGCCUCCACCAGAGUCUUUGGAGUGUCAUCAGCCAGCCUGGUACUAGAGUUCUGGCACUGGCUAAUGUCAAUUCUGUUUUAUUUUCAUUGCACGUGAUUAUUCAUUGGAUGAGAGCAGUCGUUUGACGCUCUUCGCUAAUGAUUGGUGACAACCGUGGCUUCUGCCUGCGGCAGACUGGGCAAAUUUCACUGGACCACCAGGGAGCAUCAGAACUUGACUUGGACCCAGGUAAGGGGAACCGGCCAGGAAACACUCCUCGCAUUAUAACCACUACAUUGUGCUGUAGUGGUUAUGAUUGGAGUAACCCUUUAAAAAUCUGAAUGACAUGUGGCAUACUUGAACUCUAUACUUUAGAGUUAACAAUCAUUCAGUUCCUACACCCAGCUCAAGAAGCCCUGACUAGAGGAGUAAAUACAACUGCAUUUGCUGUGCUACAGAGCAGCAGAACCCCCUGUAGGAGGGUUCUCCUGCUCUCACCUCCAAGCUAUUUGUUGCCUUAAAGGACUAUGCUGACUCUAAGAUGAAGAAUAAACAGGUAGGGAGAGCCUAACCUUAAAGUAACUUUUCUUUCAAAUAUUAUGCCCUUUAAAUGGAUUAAUAAGUAAUUUGUGCAUGUAAACAUGGAUUGCUAUUGAUUUUAGGUGCUCAAAGUGGAUGGGGCCUAUGUGGCUGUGAAGUUCCCUGGUACUUCCAAUAACUCUAGUAGCCAGUGUAACCCUGGUUGUGAGCCCGACCCAUCAUCUCUCCUACAAGAUUGCCGGUUAUUGAGAAUUGAUGAACUUCAGGUACUUAAUUUGCUUAUGUCCUCUUCCAAUUUUUGUUUAAACCGAGGAAUAGCUAAUUUAUUUAUGCAUUAUAUAAUCUUGUGAGGGGAGAACUAGUUUGUAUUAAAACACAUUAAUGAUCCCCCUUAGUGUGCUUAUUUUUAUAAUUUUUUUUUGGUUGGUUUGUUACAUGCAGAUUUAAAGCGCACUCCAAAUUUUUGCAACUAUCUCUUCAUGUAACAAAUCAUUUACAACAUGAUGCAUACAUUUACUCUUUGCAAAAGCCCAUGAGCUUAGUCAUAUGAUGUAUUUUUAAAUAGAAAUGUUAAGGCAGCUCUAAUAAUUGUGUCCAUAGUCUGCAUUGGAGCUGUAUAAUAGUCAGUACAAACGAUGUAUAGUUCCUUGAAUCCAGUAAUACAUAGUUAUGUGUGUGUGUGGUUUGUGGGUUUGUUAUGGGUAUUCUAACAAAAUAGGUAUUACCAAUAACUUUGUGAAUGGGAACCUGUUCUAGGUGGUGAAAACAGGUGGAACGCCUAAAGUCCCAGACUGUUUCCAAAGGACUCCUAAAAAGUUGUGCAUUCCUGAAAAAACUGAAAUCCUGGCCGUAAAUGUAGAUUCCAAAGGUAAUGUAAAACCAGAUGAGAGAAAUCUAAAUUAUUUAGUGCUGUCACUUUUCAGGCUCUUUCCUUGGAAUUGUAGGUGGAAGUAUUUACUAUGGCGUACACGCAAAGUGCAACGUUUCAACCGGUUCGAGGUCUUAGCAUUGCACUUUUGUAUGUGUAUCCCCCACUAAACAGACAAAUAUAUUGCUAACCCUUUGUUUCUCAUCUGCAUUAGGCUAUAAUGUGUUGAACAUGGUUCAACUCAAAGCUGUAGGUAAUGGUCAGAAACACUGACUUGUUACGGAGACAUCUGGACCUUUUCUCAGUAUGGUUGAAUAUUUUAAAUUUUUUUCCCCUUAAAUUAUCUCACCAUAAACUUUUCUUACAGUAUGUGGCGUUUACAUUUUGUGCACUAAAUAUUUUUGUGCGAUGAUGGAUUUUAAAUUUUCCUUCCUCCUGACACAUCCAUUGUAUCAUUUGAGAAAAGACAAAAACUGCAUUUGUGUAGCUGAGUGUACAUCAACCAAACUAGAAUGGGCAGGCUUUGCCAUGUGACUGUUGUUUUGUGUGCCUCCUAGAUUGGAGUGGGGUAUGCAUAGAGUAUCAUGUGUAGUCCUAUUCCAUGGUAUCCACGAAAGAGAAAAGUCCAUUUAUGUAAAAAAAUAAAUAAAAUAAAAAUCAUAGACCUAUAGAGUAGAAAAAUUGUAUAUAUUUUGCUCUGGGACAUCUACAUAGGAAAAACCGGAGAAUCUGCCUUCUAAAGCAUACAGGCCAUGAACAAAGUGUGUUUAGACACACCACCUUACUGGGAUGAAUGUGCUCAAACUUAAGGGGUUUGAAGUAAGUAUUUAGUAGACUGGUGUAUGUCUUGGAACCACUUGAGCUUGGAUGGUAAAAGCCACUUUUAUUACAACGUUUUAAUGCAUUAGUGCAGUGUGCAACAACAGCACUGCAUCCCCUCUUUAGCAUGUAGAAUUUGUGAGGAAAUACAAUAAAAAGGAAGUUUAAUUCUUGUACAUUACACUUUUUCCCAGUAGAAAGUAAGCUGUUGAUUGAAAGGGGAAAAACGUAUUGGUUUCUGUCAAAUAUUUAACAUCUGAUUUAAGAAAUAAAGGUAACGGACUAUGCAUUUUUAAAAUGUUUGGGUACACUAACAGGUUUGUUUUGUUUUUUGUGUGUGUUUGGAGAAGACUUUCAAAUUAUUUACUAUUUGAUGCUAAAAUUUUAAAAUUGUAAGGAUUUAAAUGUUUUGUGUGUGUGUUUUCCCCCAAAAAUUUAAUUGUGGCCAAAGCAUCCAGUUAAAUUUCUGUGUGCUUUGGUAGCUUAUUUAUAAACCCCCCCCAUGUAUUUCUCACGUAUGAUAUAAUUAUUUUCUAAACAGGUGUUCAUGCGGUUUUGAAGACUGGAACAUGGGUCCGCUACUGUAUAUUUGAUCUUGCUACUGGCAAAGCUGAACAGGAGAACAAUUUUCCCACCAGCAGUAUUGCUUUUCUGGGGCAGAAUGAGAGAAAUGUUGCCAUCUUUACAGCUGGACAGGUUUGAUUACACAUAACUUUAUUAUACGUAACUUUAGAAGCGUUAAGUGACUAGAAAAGCUUGGGGUCUGCUCCUGCUCUAGUGUAUAUUUGCCACACUUCCACCCUCCCCUCCCUCCCAUAUAGGUUAAAGUAGUUAGAACUAACUGACCGUUCAUAUUUCUAUUGUAAACAUACAAUAGUGACCUAUGUUUGGUAAUUUAUGUAGCAUAUCAUUUAAUCAAAUUGUGUUCACUCAUAUUAUGCAAAUGUUGCAUAACCCAUAUUCUGUACAGAGAUUUAUACACCUUAACAGGAAGCUGCAUCAUAAAGUUAUGUUUGAAUUGUAUAGGUUUCGUUGUCAGAAUUCAGGGAGCUUUGUAAAAUAGCUAACACUUUUUUUUUUUUUUUCCCUCUCUCUCACUUCUUCCAUUGACUUAAGGAAUCACCCAUCAUUCUGAGAGAUGGAAAUGGUACCAUUUAUCCCAUGGCUAAAGAUUGUAUGGGUGGGAUAAGAGAUCCUGACUGGCUUGAUCUUCCACCAAUUAGCAGCCUUGGUAUGGGCGUUCACUCCUUAACUAAUCUUCCAGCAAAUUCAACAAUUAAAAAGAAGGCUGCCAUAAUAAUUAUGGCUGUGGAGGUACGAAUAAGGAGAUAAACUACUGCUUUAUAUAGAAGUCUUAUUACUUUUGGGGUGUGUUUUUUAUUUGUGUAUUAUUUUUUUCAAUUGCGUCUGUAGUAAGGAUUUGGAGGUUGUCCUAUCCAGAAAUGCAUGGUGUCCCAGGGAGGCCUAUGUGUCAUCCUGUGACAGUGGGGUGAAUGUGGUCAUAGAGGGGUUAAUAGCACCAAGCUUUUGGCUACAUUAUCCCUCUACAAAGUCAUAAAAUGACACUAAAUUAACACCCAAAUCCCACUUACUCCACCCCAGAUUUACUCUGCUGCCACCACCCAAGAACGUUUGAUAAGGUUGUACUGUGAUCAGGUUAUGCUGAAAGCGGCACUGUCACCCCCUUAAAAAAAACAAAAAAAUCUUGUAUUUCAUAAGAGGUAAUCUGUAUGAAAUACUCAUACUGUUAGAAUUUCACUGUCAAUCAAGGAUUAAAAAGUAGUAACUUCUUUGUCUGCUUUUUUCUUACUCCUGACACUUCGGAGCUGGGCGACGCUACAGCUGCCUGGAAGUGUCAAUCCUCCUAGCUGUCACCAUUGAUGGCUGCAGGGAAUUGACUUUAUGCUACAUAGGCAUCAGUGCUGUACUCUCGCACAUUUUAAAUGAUUGCUGAAGUGCGUUCUUGCUACCACAGCAUUUAAAGAAAUUUAAUGGGCUUUGAACGCUGCUCAUCACUCUCCUGUGGAAGCACAUAACCUACACUAUUUCUACUAUCACUGCAAAUCUUACAGCAGGCUAGUGGGAACUUCCAGUUAUGUCCUUUUUGAUGUUGAUCCAUUUCAAGAGAAGUUCAAUUUGAUCUAGGCUGGCAUUCCGUUAUAUAUCUCAGUCUUUGUUUCCAGCAAAGUCGAUCUCCCCCGACCACAUAUCUUCUUUAUUUACAUUACUGAUAUGAACUCAUCUUUCAUAUAAGCACUUUAUUUUUACAUUUUCAAGGCCUCAAAAGUGUGUGGUUUUUGUUUUUUGCAUAACUUUGGCUGCAAGUAUAGCAAGGGUACCUCUGUCGAGGUGUCAUCAUACAGAUAUUGCAGUACUCUCUGAUCAAAGGGGUUUCCCUUCCUUCCAUAACAGACAAAAAUACUAAAUACAACAAAAGAGGAUUUGGGGUUAACCUUGGAUAUCAAACAAAAAACAGAGCUUAACCCUUGUAACGCAGGGAUAAAGUUAGUGGGCAUGAUAUAUGGAGAUAUUUUUUUAUUUUUUUGUUUACAAUAAAAUAUGCAAAGGCUAUAUAACAUGAUCAUUUAGGGGGUGUUGUGUUUUUUUUUUUUUUUUUUUGGGCCCCUGUUUCUCUCUUAAUAGGGUUUGCUGGUCUGCGUUGAUGGCUUUUGUUUUUAAUCUUUCACUCUCUGUACAAUUUAAUUCUGUUAUGUUGCAGAAGCAGACCCUGAUGCAGCAUAUUCUGCGUUGUGACUAUGAGGCAUGUAGACAAUAUUUGAUGAACCUAGAGCAAGGUGUUGUUUUGGAACAGAACAACACACAGAUGCUACAGACCUUUCUUGGCCACCGCUGUGAUGGCAAUCGAAAUAUUCUGCAUGCAUGUGUGUCCGUUUGCUUUCCAACAAGCAACAAAGAAACUAAAGAGGAGGAGGGUACGUCUAGAUGCUUGUCUUAUCUGUAAUUGUUUUUUGUCAAAUCUAAAAUGUGUCCCAUAUUUGUAUGCAAAAUACAAGUUUCUGGUAAAAAUAUUAAAUUGUCAAGUGGCUGUUUUUAUUACUCCAUUGUGGUUUUUUUUUUUUUUGUCUCUCCCCCACCUCCCCUUCCCCAUCACUAUAUAGAUAUAAUUUUUAUUUGUGUUUAGUAUUAGAGAAAUAGUAUAGGCAUCUUCAAUACUAUAUACUGAUGUAGUCACGAUGCCAUUAAAGAACAGUUUACGGUCUAAAGCUUUUCCUUCCCAAACAUUAACUAAUUAAGGAUCAAUGGGGAAAAAAGUGUAAAUUUACAAUAAUUAAAAAAACUAAAUUAAAGUGGUAAUAGAGAAUUUAGAUUCCUUUAAAGUGUGCAUGUCAAAAUUACUCUGCAGGAAGCAGUAAUAUCACAAGCCUAAUUAUCAUUGAAGCUUUAUCGCUCCAUUUAAAUAUUGUAGAAGCAAAGAGUGUCACUUUAAUUGCCUAACCUGGUUAUAUUGCUAUCUUACUUCCUAGUAAGAUGGAAGACUUUUGAAAAGUACUCCUCUUCUACAGGAAUAGUAAAUUUAAAUUCAUCUAACAUUUCUAAAACAAAUUGUCCUCUUGAUAGUAAUUUACAGCAGUAACAUGGAAAAUUAAAAUACAUGUAAAAGAUAACCACCUUGGAUGAAAGGUGGACUUGUGAAACUGCGGUUGCCAAAAAUAUUUUCAAAUAUGUGUUUAAAUGUCAUUCUGUGUUGUUUGUAUACCAAUUACUGUUCUCCUUGUUUCAGAAGCAGAGCGCUCUGAAAGGAAUACGUUUGCAGAAAGACUCUCUGCUGUGGAAGCUAUUGCCAAUGCCAUUUCUGUGGUGUCAAGUAACGGCCCUGGGAAUCGGGCUGGGUCUUCUAGUAGCCGGAGGUAAAUAGAAAUCAAUUCUAGAAGUGUUUGUGCCAUGCCUUAUAUUAACAUGAGAAUGUCUUUCCUAAAUAUGGGAAUAAGAUUCUAAUUUUUUUUCUUUUUUUUUCUUCCUACUCCAUGUGAAUAAAAUUGCACUAAAGUUUAGUAAACUGCAAUGUGUUUGUAACGGUCUUUAGUAAAUUUGGCAAAAUAAGAAAUAUCAUGGGUGUAUUUCAAAUACUGCUGUUAAACAAAUUCAAUAAUUUUUGUCUUUAGUUUGCGACUUCGGGAGAUGAUGAGGAGAUCUCUUAGGGCAGCAGGCCUUGGUAGACAUGAAUCUGGAGCUUCCAAUGAUCAUCAAGACCCAGUAUCUCCUCCUAUUGCACCUCCUAGUUGGGUCCCUGAUCCACCAGCUAUGGAUCCAGGUGAGUUUUUUCAAAAACUUCAUUUAAUGCCGUCAUUGGAUAUGUUGCCACAGAAGUUUACUUGUAUUUCUGCUUCAUGCAUCUUUCGUCAGAGUGAAAUAAAAGGAAAGCUCUUUCAUUAGAAAUACAAACUCGUACCAACUCUCUACUGUAAAGCUAGUUCUUCUCCUUCCUCAAUGUUACAGUGAUUAUGGGACAUAAUGCGCUGCAUGCACAUUAAAGCUUCCUGAUAGGAAAGUGUUGAAUCAUUGAUUUCCUAUGGGAAAUUUGAAGACGUUAUGCGUCCACUUGCAAAGCACGAGGACAUGUCAUUUCACAGAUUGAAACUGCCUUAUGGCCCAGGAAGCGCCUCUACUAAAGAUGAAGUUAACCCUGCAAUGUAAUCAUUGUGGUUUGUCAGAAACUGCAAUAUUUUGCAGGGUUAAACAGACCGUUGCACUGCACCCAGACAACUUCAAUGAGAUGAAGAGCAUGGGUUCCUAUAGCUUCUCUUACUACUCCUACUAGUCCUACUCCCAAAAACCCAAUAUUAAACUAAUUAGAAGGUUUGGAAAUGUGGCUUUAAGCCAUGCAUCCAAGCCCUCCUGGUAUGCGAGUCAGGAUUCUUACUUCCCAACUCUCAUACUGUAACAUACCUUGACAUAAUGCACACAUGUGCAUUGCCAUCAUGGUGUGCCCUAGAGAAUCAUUGUAUUCACUGAUUCUUUAUGGUGAAAUUAUAGGUGCAUCACAGCAAACGCCACAUGUGCCUACGUUCCCCAAUGCUCCUCUGAGGAGUUUUGGAUUGGCACGCCUCCAGAAUGACUCAAUCCAAAGGGGUGGCGGCAGAGCUGGGAAAAGGUGAGGUAUUGGUUUGUGUAUUUUAUACAGGUUGGGAAUUUAAACACUACAAUGUUCCUUAACUUAAAUUAACUGACCUAAAAGAAUGUUGCUAAUAUCAGGCAUUACAUCUUAUAAAUGUUGCUAAAUCUUAUUAUCCUUAAGGGUAUACCACCUUUUUGGGAAUUUGCUAGGUUUGAGCCUUCCCUUGCAAACACUGCAGCAGCUAGCCUGAUAGGAGCCCAAUGAAAUAAUCUCCUUUCUUAAUGCUCUACUUACUGUAGGUGUAUUCAUUUAACUUGUCUGUAAAAUCACUAGGGGGAUACAUCUGUGGAGCAUUUAAUGUUCAGUGCUACCUUUUUAUUAGCAAAGUCUGGCACACGAAUUAUCAGCUGACCAAUCUGAUCUAUUUGUAUAGUUUUCCACCUGUAGCUUAACGGUUUACUUUUUCAUAGAUGGUGACAUCGAUUUUAUCCUGGCCCCUGCCGUAGGGUCCCUUAACACUGCAUCCACAGGAACUGGCCAGGGGGCUAGUACUUCAACCAUACCUGGUAAGCAGGAAAACUUAAUUGUGUGUGUGUAUGUAUGUAUGUAUAUAAAUAAAUAAUGUUAUUUUUAAUAAAACUUUGUGCAUAUGAGUACAACCUAAAGGAGGAUAAAAUUAAAACUGGUAUAGAUGAGUUUGUCGUGUUAGUCGAUCUUUCAGAAAAUGCAUGAAAGGAAUUUCCAUAAUGAAGUUAAAGGGAAAAUCACAAAACCUAUCCACCUAUUGCAGGGCUGAAAUUUACAAACCCUCUUUUUAGAUAUUACCAUGUCAAAGACUUUGUUUUAGUUAAUAUUUGCUAGUCUUGGCUUUAUAUAAAUAUCUUAUUUAUAUUUCCCAAUUCCCAUGUAGGUCCUUCUUCUGAACCCUCAGUGGUGGAGUCCAAAGACCGCAAGGCCAAUGCACACUUUAUUCUCAAGUUACUGUGUGAUAGCACAGUCCUACAGCCCUACCUCAGAGACCUUCUUUCUGCCAAGUAAGAUUUACUUUUCAAAGAACGCAAUAGCUUGCUGACACUUUACAAGUGUUAUGAGCUGGGUUACAAGUUACUGCUGCAUGACACACUUUGGAUCUACAUUUGCUCCACAUGCAUUCUGCUUAGUACACUUUAUAUUAAAAGUUAUCUGCAUGUAUAAAUAAAUUAUAAUAUAUCUGAAGUGGCAAACCUUGAGUGCUUGUAAUUAAGCGGGAACUUCAGUUAUCUCUCACCAUACUAGGAAGUAGCUCAGCCAAUACCAGUGUUAUAAUUACCUUCAGUGGGAGCUGAGCUUAUCCAUUUAACAUUGUGUCAUACAGUACAGAUUCUGAAGGUAUUGUCAUUGGAUCAUUUACUGUGAAAAGCACUGAAAGCAGUAUUACACCGUUAUUGUACCUCUGAAUAAUUUAUUUAUUUUUUUUGUAAUUUGUUUUCUUUUCAGGGAUGCUAGAGGAAUGACACCUUUCAUGUCAGCUGUUAGUGGUAGGGCCUAUCCUGCUGCUAUUACCAUAUUGGAAACUGCACAGAAAAUUGCUAAAGGUGAGCACAAAUUAAGUACUUGUUUAAGAUUUUAUGUUCUGGACUUACACACACACAUACAAAUAUUAAAUGUGAAAUUCCAUUUUAGCUGAAGCAAAUUCCAGUGAGAAAGAGGAAGAUGUGUUCAAAGGAAUGAUUUGUCCUCCUGGGACAAAUGCAGAUGACUCCCCUCUCUAUGUCUUGUGCUGUAAUGAUACCUGCAGCUUUACCUGGACAGGGGCAGACCAUAUCAACCAGGUAAAAAUAGUUAACUUCAUAUGGACAUUGAGUUAUUUUUUUUUAGAACCAGUAUAUUUUAAACCGAAAGGAAUUGGAGUCUUUUGGGAGCCUUCAUACAAAAUUUUAUGUACUCUAGGCAUCUGUGUGAAGGACUAUUGCAGUGUUGGGUUGCGUUCUACUUGGGAUCAUGGUGCUUUAGGUGAGGUGCCUAGGGAUUUUGGAGAAUUCAGGUCCGAGUUUCGCUCGCUUAUUAGAGAUUGCAGUGUCCAAGGCUUAAUAUUAAGCGGUUGCACCGGUUUACCUCUGCCCCUCUCUUCAUGUACUGUUGCCUCGGAGGCGGCUUCCCGUUGCUUGGCUGAUAAGCACAGUGUGUGCAUAAGCAGCUCUGGGUCAUCUGUCGACAUUAGUGGUCUCUUGUCCGUUGACUACCAUCCCCUCUAUGCCCCAACGGUAUUUGAUGGAGUGCUCUCUUAAACGCCUUGCAAUUGGAGCCUGCUUUCUCAGGACUGAGAAGCGGAUGUCGACAUGUAUAGAUAUCUUGUGCCCCCUGUGUUGUAUUAUCACCCAUCUCCCUCGAUCAGUUCAUGAUCGCCGAUCUUGCUGCUACGCCUCUGGUCACAGUGAUUGUGUACCUGGGUGCUACGGCCGGGCCAUGGUGGAUUUUCUCACCCGAAAUGCAGAGGUUACCGUGGGUCCCCCUUAACGCCCAUCUGAGUGAGUAACUCUUUAAUGAACGCAGGUAGUGCCUCGUUGUUGUCUUCUGGGAGAUCCCUUAGGCGUAUAAUUUUAUUUUUUUCCUAUGGCGUGACUAUAAGGUGGUCACUACACAUUUCAGGUGUUGUACCUGGAGCGCAAGGCUGUCAAGUCUUUUGUCAGUCACCUGAAGGUGUUUGUCUCUGGCAGCCUCUCUUCCCUCCAGUUCCUGUACCUUUUUGUGGACCACUCCAAUUUCAGCUUCGGCUUCCUGGAAGUCUUCCUUCCAGACCCUCCUGAGGUCUACCCGGAGUCUCCUGGUGUCUCCCUUUGUUGAGGGUGCCUCAUCCUCGCCUGAUUCGGAGGUACGUGAUGUAGCACCAGAGUGUGGUGAGUUCCUCUUCCUCCUCCAGCGAAGCCUCUGAUGGAUCCGGCGUGCUGUGAGUUUCCAGUGCUAUCUUGGAUUGGUGUUGCGGCCACUCGAGUCUAUCAGGCUGGUGCAGAGCCUCUGUGCGGCCGUGCUUCCUGUUUUUGUGCCCCAUGAUCUGUGUUUGUGUGUGUGUGUUCGUGUGUUCUUUCAAUGCUGGAGAUUUUUGGCUAUUAAUAUCUUUUUACACGUAAGCCCGAUCGGAGCUCCAGAAGUUUGAUAUAGUCCUAUUGGCAAUCACUUUCAGAAGAGAAAAAAUGGUACAUGCGUAUGUAGCAAGCAACUGGGGCAUUCUUUUGAGUAGUAUUGUAAUACUGAGGUGACUUUUAUAUUAACGGUUUGUAUUCACUUUGUUCCUAACUGGUUGAACCUUUCCGUUCCCAUUUAUGUGUUAGUUGAGAAAGCUCUGUAGAGCUGUAAACAUUCUGGAUCGUUAAAUCUGUGAAAUUACAAUUCAAUUGCAGAGCCUGCUUGUCAGCACAAGGGUUUGGGGGCACUCCCAUGUAACUUAAGGGUUACUUCUGAUGGUUUUUAUUUUUAUAUUUUUUUUGAGUAAUUGUGGCAUCACAAUGAUAAAUAUACUUUGUGUGUCUUUCUUCUUCCCAGGACAUAUUUGAAUGCCGGACAUGUGGGUUAUUGGAGUCUCUCUGCUGCUGUACAGAAUGUGCCAGAGUCUGCCAUAAAGGCCAUGAUUGCAAGUAUGUAUGAUACGGAUGAUAGCAUAUAUUAUGUGCCAUGUACGUUCAUAAUUUCGUUCAAGAAACGUUUUUAAUAACCUUUCUCAAUUUAGGUUGAAAAGGACAUCACCUACAGCCUAUUGUGACUGCUGGGAAAAAUGUAAAUGUAAAACCUUAAUUGCAGGCCAAAAGGCUGCUCGUCUUGACCUAUUGUACAGACUACUGACAAUCACAAACUUGGUGACAAUGCCAAAUAGCAGGUGUGUGACUUAUAUUUUAAAUCAAACCAAUUAUUUCCUCUGACCAGCUUAUAAUUCUGCAUUUAUAUAUUUUUUUUAUUUUUUGCAUCAGCGUAUACGUUUUAUAUUUUUUACUUUGAAAUAGGUUAAUUUUGAUAACCAAUUUGAAAAGUUAGGUCACGAUUUACAUAGCUGCAGCUUUCAUACCUAAAAGUGUUUGAGUGAAAUGGAGGUUUUUGUUUGUCUUUCAGAGGAGAGCACCUUCUUCUUUUCUUGGUUCAGACAGUUGCUAGGCAGACAGUAGAACACUGCCAAUACAGACCUCCACGUAUUAGAGAAGAUCGGAACCGUAAGGCAGCCAAUCCUGAAGGUUGGUAAUAUUUUUUACUCUGUGCGAAGAAGUGUUUUUUAAGUCCCUGAUUUUGAAUUGAUAGACCUUUAUACAUGUAAUGCAUUCACCUGCCAGGAGCUGUGCUUGAAAGUAGAAACUGCUUUGCCAUUUGUAUUGACAUAGGCCUCAGUGUAAAUUUUCUUGAUAAAUUCUUAAUGGGGUUUUAGCCCUUGAUGUGAAUGAAACAUUCUAAAUGUAAUCUCUACAUUGUAAGACUUUAUAGAUUAAACAUUGUUUUUCCUUUAGUUCAGAGCCUCCCCAGCGUGCCCCUCCCCCUGCUCCCCCUUGUUCUUGAUUUUCUAUCCAAAAUUAAAUGAACAAUGUAUUCACCAUAACUACCUGAAAUUAUUAGAGUCCAUGGUGUGUGGAGCUAGUCUGAUGUAGAUAAUGCUGCAUACACAAAUUUCUUGAAUUUGUCUUUCUUCCAGCCUCCAUUCUUCCUGAUGUCUGCCCUUUGAAAAACUUAUUUUCGCUUUUAUCCAUUCUAUAGUUUCCUCCAAUCCCUCUCUGCAGAUAAUGUUUAUAUUGCAAUGAUCUGACCCUAAUGGGCAAGAUAGUCCAAAAUGUCAGAAAUGUAUUACUACUAUAGCUCAAUAACCUCAUAAAAAGCUUUAAUUAUUUAAGUGUUGGAUAUCUCUCAAAUAACCUUGAAGGUCAUAAAACUCCAGCCAAAGACCCACAUAGCAACUUAAUGUAAGGCUCUCCAUGGGUGUCUGAAGUUUGUACCAUGAUGUCUGUGUAUUUAUCUUGUGAUGCUGCAGUUUGUCUGAACCUAUAACGUUAACUGAGCCUAGUGUAAUGUAGAGUAGAGUGUGUCUAUCGAUUUUUAUAUUUUUUAUUUCCACCCCACACCAGUGAGAUAAACUUUCACUCCCCUCAUUACUUUUUUAGAUUCAGAUAUGCCAGAUCAUGACUUAGAACCACCAAGGUUUGCUCAACUUGCUCUUGAACGAGUCUUACAAGAUUGGAAUGCCUUGAAAUCUAUGAUCAUGUUUGGAUCGCAGGACAACAAAGACCCGUGAGUCACUAGUCUAUUGGGUGAUCUUUCUGUCUGUGAAACGGGGGGGAGGGGGUAGUUGAAAAAAAAAUAAAAAAUCACUUGUUUGAUUUCUCUUUACAAUUGCAUCAAAAGUGCUAACCUAGAACUUUCUUUUCUGCAAGUCUUAGUGCCAGCAGUCGAAUUGGCCAUCUUUUGCCUGAAGAACAGGUUUAUCUCAACCAACAAAGUGGUACAAUUCGCCUGGACUGUUUCACUCAUUGCCUUAUUGUGAAGUGUACUGCAGACAUUUUGGUAAGUUUUACUAUACACAAACUGCAUUUGGUAUUGCCUGCCAUUCGUUUUGUAGGAAAGCCGUAACUCGAAGCACUUCUUGUGCUUUAAGAAAUGCAAAAGCGAUGGAAAUUGUUUAUUUUCACGAAAGCUUGUACUUUGUAAAAAAGCAGUUAUGACCUAUGUAUAUAGUAUCCAAGUUAGCAGAAUUUUAAUGCUGAUUAUGCAGACCGUCUGUUUGUUUUUUAUUUUUUUCCCCUGAAGCUUUUGGACACCUUAUUGGGGACCCUUGUAAAGGAACUGCAGAACAAAUACACGCCUGGGCGUAGAGAAGAAGCUGUUGCUGUAACUAUGCGCUUUCUCCGUUCGGUGGCACGCGUGUUUGUCAUUCUAAGUGUUGAAAUGGCUUCUUCUAAAAAGAAAAAGUAAGUUUGCACUUUGUUUUUGUUUUUUUUAAGUGAGCAGAGCAGUGACCAUGCAUAAAUAUACAAUGCAAAGACUACAUUUCUUUGUGAUUUCUGGACAAUGAAGAAAAGCUCUCCUCUCUCCUAGAGCUGCAGAGGUUGACUAUCCUAUUUCUGUAAUUUGAUCUUUGGCCUUUUUCUUCUUCCUCAGCAAUUUUAUUCCACAGCCAAUUGGCAAGUGCAAGCGAGUGUUCCAAGCAUUGCUCCCAUAUGCUGUGGAGGAGUUAUGUAACGUUGCUGAAUCACUGAUAGUUCCUGUGCGAAUGGGCAUUGCACGUCCUACAGCACCUUUCACCUUGGCUAGUACAAGUAUAGACGCCAUGCAGGGUAGUGAAGAACUAUUUUCUGUAGAACCUCUCCCACCACGACCGUCCUCAGAUCAGUCAAGCAGGUAUGUUUUGUGUACUGAUAAAUUCUGACAUCCCAUAGUGUAAAUUUUUAUUUUAUUUUUCUGCUUCUCUAUUCACUCUUCUGUUCCACAAUUGUUAGUCUAUUCAACAAAUGGCAGAUCUGUUGUGCUUUCGUUGAGUUUGCUGCCUCUAGACCUUAACCUAACCCUGUAAUCUAAACCUUGCUGGUUCUCUAAAACAGCAAUGUUUUGAAUUGCAGGGUAACGGGAACAGGGUCUUUGCAACCAUGCCAUUUUAAUGUUUGUGUCCCUUUUAAGGCCAUAUCCGUUAUGAUAGAUGUGUCAUCUAUUUCUAUGUGGAGUUUUUACACAGAAUUAAAGCCCUUUCUUUCCUUUGCAUUUCUUAUGCAGUUCUAAUCCAUCUCAAUCAUCCUAUAUCAUACGAAAUCCUCAACAAAGAAGAAUAAGUCAGUCACAGCCUGUGAGAGGCAGAGAUGAAGAACAAGAUGACAUUGUCUCAGCAGAUGUGGAAGAGGUAAUUUUAGACAACUUUCUAAAUUCAUAUUCAUGCAUUUGUACUGAUUGUGUCUUGGUCACUUGGAGGGUCCAUUUAAAAAAGGUCACUAAAUGCAUCUGCUAGUGCAGUAAUGAUUUAUAACAAAAUGAAUAGACUGGGGAAAACUUUCACCAUAACACUAUGCCUUUUCUCCCUCUAACAAGUCAGUCAAACAUUUUUUUUUUUUAUAAUUCUUUAUUUUAUUGUGCAUGAAUAUGACAAUCAGGCUUGCCGUGCCACAACAGCUUGGGCAAACAGAUUAAGACAUUAAUAUACAUAUGAAUGGCACGUGAUAUUACUGCACAUUUUUGUUAAAAUUACUACAUUGCAGAACAAGAAAAAACAGUCUAGGUCUACAGUUGCUAGAAUAUGUGGUGUGAUUGGAGUGUGCUCAGCUAUGCCCUGUUGUUAGUCCACACUGACUGUAAUAUAAGUGUACUGUGGUUUUGAGGUGGGUGGUCCAAUGUAUAAGUGAGCAGGCUAUCCGUCUUGUCCCUUGGAUAGGUUAGAUUUAGUUUGUUCACCGUGUGUUGCGCGGUGCGUUCCUAGCCCUAUCAGGUGGAGUUACGGUACAUAUUCGGUAUGCCACUGGGGCACAAUAUAUAAGUGUAUGGCCGGUCAGUGUGGUGGGGGGGGCAGGGAGUUAGCUAGCUAGUCAAUUGUCCCAAGGUGCGGGCUACUGCAGGCAUUAGGUUCUAUUGGGCUAGUACUCCAGCAGGUAGGUUGUCGCAGCUUUCGAGUGUGUCACCUAGAGAGUAGCCCUCUUGGUGUGCCGUGAUAGCAGCGUUGUGUUAUAGAUGUUUGGUGAGGAUGCAUGCUGGUUCGUGUGCUGUGACUAUUGCUGUGAUGGGGGGGUGUGCUGCUUGGAUUUGGGAGCUGGUUUAUCGUUCCCGUUUGGGUGGAGUAGCUAUUGAAUCGCUCUAGGGCCCCUGAGUUGGUGGGGGGGGGGUAGUCGGGUGGUGUGUCUGGCAAGAAGUGGUGUGGGGACGUUAGUAGGUUAUAGUAGCCGGAUGGCUUUGACUGAACAUGCCUACAUAAAAUUUUAACUUUAUGACUAUGUCAACAUUAAGGGGUAUUAUCGCCUGCCAGUCCUUCGGCACUUCCCUCUACCAGAGGGGUAUUGUGAGCCCGGGUCUGGUUGGGGCGUCUCAUCCUGUGUCGGCUUCAGUGCGAGGUACAAAGGGGACUAUGUUGGAUAUGUCCCAGGAGUGUCCAGGUUUGGCAGUGUCGGGCUUGUGCCGGUUGAGCCCCAGGCUGUGGAGGAAUGGGUCGGCGUCAGCAGCUGAGGUGAGUCGGCGGGUGGUCUCGCCCUGUGUGGCUACGAGUGUGUGGGAAGGGCCCCAUCUGUACUGGAUGCCUGCUUCUCGAAGGGUCUUGGUGACCUGGCUGAUAGAACGUCUCCACUCCAACGUUGCCCUGCAGAGAUCCUGGAGAAAGGUUAGUUGGGAGCCCUCAAAUUUGAGCGGGCUCUUGUUCUUGAUGGCGUCCAUCAGUGCUUGUUUGUCGCGUAGGGACUGGAACCUCAGGAGGACAUCGCGGGGAGCGUCUGCUGGAGCCCUUGCGGACUUGGGGAGUCUGAGUAUUCCAUCUAGUUGCAGGUUCUUCGCCUGUUUGGGGUGCAGGGUCUCCGACAGGAGGCGCCUAAUAAAGUGGGGUAGCUCCGUGUCGUUGACAGCUUCUGUGAUGCCUCUUACUUUUAUGUUGAUUCGUCUCCUAGAGUCGUCCAUCGCAUUGACUCUGGCCUGCAGGGCCUGGUGUGAGCCUUGGAGUUGUUGUAGUCGUUCUGUUGCGUCUGUCUGGCAUUGUGCCAUGGAGGUGAUAUCCUCCUCUGUGGCCUUCACCCUGUCCGUCACGGCUGUUACCUCCUCACGGAGCAGCGCCAUAUCCGUACGGAACCAUGUGCGCAGGUGUUUCAGGAGGCCCAAGAUGUCUCCCUUCGUUGCGGGAUCCCCCAGGUCCCCUAAUUGCACGGCGGAGAAAGGGUCAUCUGCCUCAGGUAUGGCAUCUGGGGAGUCCAGUGGGUCUUCGUCCGAGGAUAGGCCUGGGGAGUCUGGCGGUGCCGCCAUUUUGGUUUUAGGCCUCGCCAGGAAUAUGUCUCCUAUUCGACGCGUGCCGUCGUCCGAGGAUGCUUUCAGCUUCUUUGAUCGUUUCCCCAUAUUGUUGUGCAGGGGUAUGCUUAGUUUUCGGCGGUGCACCGUCUAUUUUGUAGUCGUUAGCUAGGUUAUUUGCCGCUUUCAGCUCGGAGCUCAGCCGACAUGCGACUUCUCUCCAUGAAGGUCAGGCCCCGCCCCCAGUCAAACAUAUUUUUUACUUUUUUUUUUUCUUACAUUGUAAGGCCAGAGAUUUCCUUUGCUAUAUCUGACCUUUUAUUAAUAAGACCAGACUGUUGGUAAAAAUUCCAAUUCUUUUUGCGCUUGCAAUUGGGUAUUGUCAAAUAUGUUUUCUAGAGCCAAUGCUAAUACAGGUUAUUGGUCUUCUUACAAGUUAUAACUGGUGCUGAUAUUCAGUACAAUUAAAGGUGGGGUUUUUUAAGCAACCAGAUUGCUACACAAAUCUAGCACUAACUGUACAUGUGCUAUAACAAUCCCACUCCUAUCACUCUCAGGCAGCUAGUAUUUGCUGGGAUUGGUAAGAUUCCAUCAUGCACAGUGUUAUUACUGAUGGACAUGUGAUUGCUGUCAGCAACCCAGUACAUUAUAGUAGAUUAAUCAGUCUCACCUCCCUGCCUAAAAAGUGUGUAAAAAAACCCAAACAGACCAAUACAGAUGAUCAGAAUAGGCCAAAUAUUGGAUAUAAUAAUCAGUGAACAGAUUAUUGGUUUAUCCCCACCAUCCUUCUACCAUAUUGUUGGUAACCUACAAAUAAAGCGCCUUUAAUUUAAUUUAAAAUCUUGGGAAUGUAUUUGUAGCAAACAUUUUUAUGUAAUGCUUCUUAGGUGGAAGUAGUAGAAGGUGUGGCUGGAGAGGAAGAUCACCAUGACGAACAAGAGGAACAUGGGGAGGAGAAUGCAGAAGCUGAGGGACAACAUGAUGAACAUGAUGAGGAUGGUAAAUGCAUUUAUUUCAUAAAACAUCGGUUUACUCAAAUAUUUCCAGUGCAUAACUAGCGCUCAGAUCUGUAGCCAUUUACACACAAGGCUUAUGGGUGUUCUUUUUUUUUUUUUUUUUUCAUCUUUUACAAAAACAUAUUGACACCAUGACUAAAGAUGGUAAUGGUGUUUUUUGUAAUCUAAUUUUCUACCUUUUUAAAGGAAGUGACAUGGAACUGGAUCUUCUUGCUGCCGCAGAAACAGAAAGUGACAGCGAGAGUAAUCACAGCAAUCAGGACAACGCAAGUGGUAGAAGAAGUGUUGUGACUGCAGCUACUGCUGGUUCGGAAGCAGGUACAAUAUUAGCCCAGUAAAAGGUUUUAUUUUCUCCAGUAACUACUUAAAGGGAUACUAUGUAGACACCCAGACCACUUAAUCUCAUGCAAGUAGUCUGGGUGCAGUGUCCCUGUCACCUUUAUCCUGCAAGUGAAAACAUUGCAAUUUCAGACUAACUAUAAUGGUACAUUGCAGGGUUAAGAUUGCCUCAAGUGGCUGCCUUGCAGACAGUCACUAGAUGUGCUUCCAGAAUACUCUGUGAAAUGACACUAGACAUUCUCACGAUGUGCAUGAGGACGUCCAGCGUCUUCAAAAUCCCCAAAAGAAAGCAUUGAUUAAAUGAUUUCUUGUGGGGAAGCACUUAUGCAUGCGCAUUAGGCCCUCCAUUGUCGUGACGUCACAGGAGGAGAUGGUGCCAGGGCUGGGGGUGAGUGGGCAAGGGUAGAACUCUAGCAAGAGCAUACUAUAGUGUUGUUAAUCCAGUUCUACAGUAUUUUACAAUAUUCCUAAGGCUAUAGUGUUCCUUUUUAAAUGUGUUCUUCAGCAUGUAUUAAAUGAAAUAUAAUGGGAUAUUAUGAUUAUGCUUGCUGUUUUCACAAUCAGUCUUUCCAAGCCACUGCAUGGGCCAGGGCUAAGCAACAUUCAGCACUCCAGAUAUUGUGGAUUUACAUAUCUCAUGAUUCUUUUCCUUAUGGCUGUAAGAACAUUAUGGUAAAUAUAGUCUACAACAUCUGGAGUGCCAAAGGUUGAGUGCCCUUGUUUGAGGCUGAUAUAGUUACUAAAGUUAAUAUACACACAUACAAAACUAAAGGGAAAACUAAAUACAAUAGUGUAAUACAACAAAGAUGCACUCACAUAUGCAAAAAUGAAACUUGGGUAUCAACGAAAUGGCAAUCUUCUCAUUUUGCAAAUGCCGUGCAUAUAAGUUUUAAGAAAUUUUAAAGAAGUUAUAGCAGAGCUUAAAAUUAUAAGACUUGCACUGUUAGCCAGACCUUAAGUUACUUGCCAGUGUAAGCCUGGAGGUCCCAUGGCACAUUCACUAGUGGUAAAUGUCUACAAACCAGGGAUGCAUUUUCACUCUCAAAGGCUAAAGGCGAGUAUAGAUUUUGAGCCCUGUCUUUAGUAUUUCUUUGCUCAGAGUAAGUUCCCCGUUAUGUACAAGUUACUGAUGUACCCUUUGUGUUUUGUGAGGGCCAACCAAGCCUUGGUUACUAUUGCUAGGUCAGUCUUACUGUGUAAAUAGGUGUCUGUGCCAUUGUUGAUGGGCCAAGAUAUAUGCUUAGGUCUGUAUCAUAUGCAGCGUGAAUAUCAGGCAGUGUGAGUUCCUUUUGAUUUACAGUUAUUAAAACACAUCUAUUCUUGUUCAGGCGCAAGCAGUGUCCCAGCCUUUUUUUCUGAAGACGACUCACAGUCCAAUGACUCCAGUGACUCAGACAGCAGCAGUAGCCAAAGUGAUGACUUGGACCAGGAGACCUUCAUGAUUGAUGAACCUCUGGAGAGAUCCACAAAUUCCACCCACGCAAAUGGUGCUGCCCAAGCUCCUCGUUCCAUGCAAUGGGCAGUGAGGAACACCCAGAGUCAGAGAACUCCUAAUGCUGCUCCAUCUAGCACAUCCACUCCAGCAGGCAAGUGGAAUUUUAUUGCAAGUUAAAGUUUUCUGUAUGUAUGUAUGUAUGUAUAUAUGUAUGUAUAUAUAUAUAUGUGUGUGUGUAUAUAUAUAUAUAUAUAUAUAUAUGUAUAUAUAUAUAUGUGUGUAUGUAUGUAUGUAUAUUAUUUUGACAACGCUAGUUUGAGUUUCACUUGGUCAUGGCUCUGAGAAAGCAAGAAUAAAGCAUUUUCUGUUAUGGUAAAGGUUAAAUGUCUUCUAGGAAUCUUUGUUUUGUACAGCUAUAAUAUAUAUAUAUAUAUAUAUUCUAUUUUUUCACAAUGCUUUAACUUUCUGAAAAAAAAUAACUAAACAUGGACAUUCUCCCUUAGUAUUUAAAGGGGCACUAUAGUCUCCAAAACCUUAGUUUAAUGAAGCAAUUGUGUAUAGAUCAUGCCCCUGCAGUCUCAGUCUCACUGCUUUAGUUUCUGCCAUUUUGUUUAUGCAGCCCUAGUCACACCUCCCUGCAUGUAACGUGCGCAGCCUUUCUAAACACUUCCUCUAAACUGAGAUCUAAUGUUUAGACUUCCUUUAUUGCACAGUAUGUUAAAUUUAGAAUUGAUCUCCUGCACAGUUAAUAGCUUGCAAGAUCUAAUUUAAAAUGAAAUAAUCUUUCUCUUUACUUUAUUUUUAUGCAGGCUGUCACAGCUAGGGGAGGUGUGGUCAGGGUUACAUAAAACAAAAGUUAUUUAACUACUAAACAUAUAAUUGAGCAGUGAGUCUUCAGAUGCAUGAUCUAUACACUAAAACUGCUGCAUUAAGCUAAAAAUGUUAAGAUGUCUAUAGUGUCCCUUUAAGUACAGAUUGAUUGUUCUCUAUACUGCUAUUUAAAAUGUCAACUAAGGGUUUUCAAUAUUUUUCCCUUUCCUGCCUUUCUUCAAUGCAGCAAGUUCAGGUGCUCUGAUUUACAUUGAGCCAUCCAGCUUGCGCCGGAGUGGUAACAUGAGCUCCAGCGCAGCAGCGGCCCUGGAGGCAAGCAAUUCCAGUAGCUACCUGACGUCUGCGAGCAGUUUGGCAAGAGCAUACAGCAUAGUCAUACGACAAAUAUCGGAUUUAAUGGGCUUAAUCCCAAAGUACAAUCAUCUAGUGUAUUCUCAGAUUCCUGCUGCUGUGAAGUUGACUUAUCAAGAUGCUGUUAACUUGCAGGUAAGUUGCGUUUGACUAUUCCUUUGAGCCUUUUAGAUCCAGGAAACCUUACUAUCAUGACGCAUUAGGUGUUGAUGAAUUUUGUGCAUGCAGUUUGUGCAAGAAACUUGUCUAGCACAGAAUAGCCAUUCAAGUGGGAAUGUCUGUUACCUGAAUGAAAACAUCAAACUGUAGGUCCCAUGUUUGGAUAACUUGUUUAAUGUAAUAGAAAUUUUAAACUUGUGUUUCCUGAGUAUCUGUCAUUGUUAAAAGUUCAUUAAAGUGUAAACAGUUGGGAAUGUAAUAUUUUCAAGUUUUGGCAAAAAAUAAAAUUUGUUACAUUGAAAACAAAGCAUACUUUGAUAAGUGUUUCCAUGUUGUGCUUUUUUGGCUUCAAAUGUUGAAAUUCCCUUUGAAUUUGUAAUGAUAAAGACUUCAAUGAAAUGAAUUGCUGUAGGCAUUAACAUGCCUGGAGUAAAUUUGGGGGUUGUUCAUGUCUUUGAGAUCUGGGGUAGGAUUUCCUUGCACAGUUGGGAGUUUGCUAGGAAGAGUUGAGCUUGGAUUCUGGCAUCAAUGGAGACAUAGGCUGUCUCUGGGGGCAGACUAGAUAAAUUAUGGGGUGACAUAAUAUUGGGAACUUUUUUUUUUUUUUUUUUUUUUUACCCCCUUAAGUGGCAACUAUAACAUGAUGGUGUGGUUUUGUUAGUGUUUGCUGUACUGUAAACAGUCUAAUUGGGUUGUUAUAGCUACAUUUUAUUUUAAUUAAUUAUUAAACAUUGUGUAGAUACUAAAAUAACCAUGGCAAUUUCUGCCUGUAUCAGAACUAUGUUGAAGAAAAGCUUAUCCCAACCUGGAACUGGAUGGUCAGCAUAAUGGACUCCACAGAGGCCCAGCUACGUUAUGGGUCUGCAUUGUCAUCUGCGGGAGAUCCUGGCCACCCCAACCAUCCACUUCAUGCUUCCCAAAAUUCCACCCGACGAGAAAGGAUGACUGCACGAGAAGAAGCCAGUUUGCGCACUCUGGAGGGUAGAAGGUAUCUACAGUACAGAUAUUCUGGCAGCAUGUUGCAGGCUGUUUAGUUCUUUUUAGGAAUUUGUCAAUUACUUUGUUCAGUGUUGACAACUGAAAGUGAAGAUCAAGUUUCCUUGUGUGUGUUCAAAGAUUUUGGGUAGGCAAAAACUAAAAUUUAAUGGGCAUAGUGUGCAAUGGUUAGUCUGGUGUAGGCCCUUAAAGCUAAUGUAUAUUUACAAAAAAGUUAAGGGGGGGAGGGGGCACUAGAUAAAUGAAUACUACAAUGUUUAGAAAUGCAUUAUUUUCCUGCACCUCUAUUAAUUUUGUAUUAUGCUUAAAGUGGGCCUGUAAGUUGAUAGUCUUUAGUACAGGUGAAUACCUUUUUUUUUUUUUAUGAAGUAUUGAAAUUAAUUAUUUUUAAAUGAAGUAUGUUUAAAAAAAAAAAAAAGUUACCCCUUCCUUUAGUGUAAGACAGGAUCCAUUGGAAUUGGUAAAUGUUGGCACUUCAGAUUUUGUGGACUACAUCUCUCCCUGAUUCUUUGCCUUCAUCAUAGCUUUAGGAGCAUUUUGGGAGAUGUAGUGCAACAGCUGGAAUGCUGUAGGUUACCUACCCCUGGUCUAUGGUGUUUCCGGGUUUUGUGCAGGAAAGACCAUAGAGGGACUGUAUUCAAAUGCCGAGCAAAGCUGCAUGUAUAUGGUUUAAGGAUCAUAUCCUCUACUGAUGGUAGGGAUAAAUGUGGAGUCCUCCCUUUUGAAGUGUUUUUUUUUUUUUUUUCAAUACAUUGAAUAGUAUAUUGAAUAUUUUUGAAGUGACAAUGUCCUUUAAUUGUGUGAAAAAGAGGUGAUACAUAGGGGCACUUCCUUGUAAUUCUGUGGUUGUUUUGAUGGAUAAGAUACAUCAUUCACUUUGUAUUUUCAGUGCAAGAAGAGCCUGUUUACAUAUGUUGGUGCAGGAUUGCUAUCCUGGUUUUACACACAGUGUUAGCUAAGAUUGUAAAUACUUACACUAGCCUUGUUCUACCUUUUGCUUUCAGUUUAAGUAAUAAUAACUUCUUUCCUUCUAGAAGAGCCACAUUGCUCAGCGCUCGACAGGGAAUGUCUGCUCGUGGAGACUUUUUAAACUAUGCCCUUUCUCUAAUGCGGUCUCACAAUGACGAACACUCUGAUGUGCUCCCUGUUUUGGAUGUCUGCUCAUUGAAACACGUGGCCUAUGUAUUCCAGGCUCUUAUCUAUUGGAUUAAGGCAAUGAAUCAACAAACAACACUAGAUACUCCUCAACUUGAAAGAAAGAGGUACUGUAUAGUUUAUGUAUCUACAGGCAUUGAUUUGGUUUCUAGAAAUAACAUGGUUACAUUUUGGCUCAUGCCAGUGGCAAAAAAUGUGUGGGAAUAUGUCCAGGGUGAUGUGUGUUUGUUUAUAUGUAGACCCCCUCUCGUCUAGUGUGAUAAAUGGCAUUUCUGUCCCAUAUGACAAUUGACCUUUUAUCCUUUUACGCUUCAAAGGACCCGAGAAUUAUUGGAACUUGGCCUAGACAAUGAAGAUUCUGAACAUGAGAAUGAUGAUGACACAAAUCAGAGUUAGUAUUUAUAAAUGUUAUUUUUAUCUUGGGUUCUGUUAUCCUUUUUUUUUUUUUUUUUGCAGUGCAAAGAUAUAUAACAGCAUGCAUGUGGUGCCCCAACAGCAAUCCCCACGCUGAGUUUCAACACUUAUAACAUUGGGGUGUUCAGGAGUAUGUGCACAUUUUUUAAUUAAGAGCAAGAAAGGAAAAGAAAGAAUUAAGCUCGUUUAAAUCACACAGAUUGCUCUCUAUGGAAAACAGGCAUAUCUAGGCAGGUGUGUUGUCUAAGCAGGUGGAGUAAGUAAGUUUUAAUGGUGCCUGAUUGACCAAGCUAGGGUAACUGUGAUAUGUGAACAUGUUAUACAGUAUUUUUUUAUUUAUUUUUUAAAGUAGGCAGGAUGUGAGACAUUUCGUUUGGUAGGCGUUAAAUAAGCUUAGUACAGGUUAGCUCAGCUGGUCUAUUAUAGUGAGUCACAGUAAGAUUGUCGGGCUGGAGAUAGACAAAUAUUGGUGCCGACAGUGCUAAUACCAAUUAAACAUUGUCUAUCUAGUCGAGAGCAGGCUUAAUAAGUUAUGUCAUAAGGUUAACAUCAUGCAGUAUGAACUUCAGUAUGUUAUAUUUACUGACAUGAAGCGGCUCAUGGUUAACAUGCUAAGUUAGGCUGACCAUGUUCAUGUGACUUUGUUUUUUUCUGCUUGAGCUUAUGGUAUGAUAUGUAGAUUACAUGCUUAGAAAUAAUAAAAGUAAAAAUAUAACAGUUGUCUAACAGAUAACUUUACAGUAUGCUUGAAAGUCUCUGUUGUCCGGGGCUGCGUGUGUCCUUGCCCUCUGCUCUCCAUGGACGCCAGUCCUGGUCAUGCAGUAUGUCAGAUUAAGCUGAUGGAUGGUGGGCCCGGCGCUGACCUUCUGGAGGCUUUGUGUAGUGAGUCUCUAUCAUCCAAUGCCGUCUAUUUGAAAGCAGCUAGCAUUUGGUGGUGAGGUAUUGGAGGCUGCUGGAGCAGUAGACAGUAUGGUGGCACCCCUCCAGCCCCAGGCUGUUGCAUGGGCUUGCAUCUCUGUGCCACGAACUCUGCAGCUUCUGGAGCCCGAGUUUCCUCCCCUUUCGGGGGUAGUGGAGGGCCUGAUGGACUUUAGCCGUUUGCAGUGUUGGAGCCUCCGUGGGUGUGGGCGAUGCAUCAGUCUUCACCCUUUUGUUCUCCGCCCGGGUAGGCUCUGUGGUUUGGGGUUGCGUGGGUCGUCCGUCGCUAUUCCCAAGGGUAUGCCCCCAUGUCCCCGCUGCCGGCUGUCUCGCUUACCCGCUGUUCGUGCAGGUCCCUGCGCCGUCUGUGUUUUCAGGCAGUUUCUUAAUUUUGGCCAGAAGCGUCUGAAUAUUUCGUUCAGGCGCUGUGUGGUGUCGUGGUAGAUUGUUGCUUGCGGGAGCAGGUUCAGCAUGAGCGAUUCGCUACCAGCCACCAUCUUAGGAGUGCCUCGUGGGGAUCUCACUGCCUUGUCGUCGUGCAGAGUGGUGCACACUGUGCGGACCGGGGUAACCCCCGCCGGUUCGGGUAGGAGGUGAGUAAUUUGGAGGUUCCCUUCUCGAGUAGGCCUCUUGGUACGGGUGCUGGUUCCCGUUUAAUGUCGGGUUAACGAUUGGUACCUGUCGAUGCGCCCGGCUGUGCUAUCACCCUCCAGGUGCUGUACGUGCACGUUUUUUGGGGUUUUUCCCCCAAAUUGUGACUAUUUAGUCUGGAGCUUAGUCUCAGCAAGUCCAUGCAGCCUGGAAGCCAGGCUCCGCCCCCUCACUUGAUGGGUUUUAACCCCUUAAGGACACAGGUUCAGAAGCUGGACAUACCCUUAAGGUUGCAAUUUUUGCAUUUUUUUUGCUGUUUGUAUUCAACUGCAAUUUGCAUCUCUCUCAUUUAUUGUACCAACAUAUUGUAUACUGUUUUUUUUUAGACCACAAAAAAUGGCUUUAAUUUGAUGUUACAUAUACAUAUAUAAAUUCUCAUUUAUUCAAAAAAAUGCAAAAUAAUGGGGAAAACAAAAAAAAUGCUUCCCCCAACCUUUUGGCAAUAACAUGUGCAUAAUAUGUCCAGCUUAGGAAAAGUAAUUCAAAAUCAAUUCAUUAAUGUGUAUUGAUUUACAAAGUACAUAUGUGAAGGAUUUCAGUUUAUUUUGAAAGUUACAGGUCAUAAAGGAAUAAAAUUUCAAUGGGAAACAAUUUUAGAAGUUGGUAUGUUUGUUUAGAAGUUUAGUAACCAUCACAAAAAACUAAAUUGUCACACAAAAGUAUAUAUAAAGUAGACUUCACAGGCUAUUUACCUAAGGUUAUUUUGACACUUUUUACAUAGCCAUUUCACCGCCAAUCUUUGCUAAAUAUUGGAGUAAAGUUUAGUUUUUUCUCUAUUUUGGCAUAUACACAUAUAACAAGGUUUUUGUAAUGUGUAUUUCGUAAAGCUAGUGUGUAUCCCUGUACAGAACACAAUAUUGUGUUCAGCUACAUCUGCUGAGCACAACAAUACCCUAUUCUGUGAAGCUACAAUGCCAUAUAGGAGACCAUGCUAUUUCAGUUUCUAUAGCUGGCAUUUUCAUAGAUGGUCAUAUGUCUGAUUUUGUGGCAUUAAGGCCAUUUGACUGUUCAAAUAACCGCACAAAGGCCUUCCACUUGAGAAAGCAGACACUCCAGGGUAUCUUAUUAGGCAUAUAUUAUACCUUAAAGGAUUACUAUAGGGUCAGGAACACAAACGUGUAUUCCUGAUCCUAUAGUGUUAUAUCCACCAUCUAGUUCCUCAUGCCUCCAUAAAUAUAGCAAAAUCUUACUGUAUUCAAGCCAGAAGCUGUAGAUCUGCAUGCUGUUUGCCUCCAAAAGCAGUCUACUGACAUCAGAAGUGGUAGCCUGAUCCAAUCACAAUGCUUCCCUAUAGGAUUGGCUGAGACUGACAAAGAGGCAGAUCAGGGGCAGAGCCAGCAUGAUUCAAACACAGCCCUGGCCAAUCAGCAUCUCCUCAUACAGAUGAAUUGAAUCAAUAAAUCUCUGAGGAAAGUUCAGUGUCUGCAUGCAGAGGGAGGAAAUACUGACUGUUUGGAUGCAUUUAAGGCAGCCAUGACCCAGGAAGGAUCUCUAACAGCCAUCUGAGGAGUGGCCAGUGACGUUAUCACUAGGCUGUAAUGUAAACACUGCAUUUUCUCUGAAAAGACAUUGUUUACAGCAAAAAGCCUGAAGGUAACUAUUCUACACACCAGAACAAAUUCAAUAAGCUGUAGUUGCUCUGGUGACUAUAGUGUCCCUUUAACUUGCCACCAUUUUUUUCACAGAUUUAUUAAAAAUUUUGUGGUAGGUUUUUUUUUACAUAAAUGUUGCAUUUUCAAUGGGUAUUUCAUACAUUUGAUAAGUGCCACUGUCAUAAAUUCUCCUUAAGUAUGCUCAGUUACUUCUUCUGAGUAAAACAAUAAACCAAAUGUAUGACCUAGACCAGGCAUAGGCAACCUUCGGCACUGCAGAUGUUUUGGACUACACCUCCCAUGAUGCUUUGCCAGCAUUGUGGGGGAUGUAGUCCAUAACAUCUGGAAUGCUGAAGGUUGCCUGACCUAGACACAAUUUUUUAUUUUUUAAAAAAAUUUUUUUUGAAGUUGGUGAUGUAAAAGAGACGUGACAAAUUCAGGUUUUUAAGUGUAAAUUUACUUGGAGUGUUUUAAUGGGUCUGUAUUCUAUUUUGAAAUGGUAGCAGGCUACUUUUUUCCAACUACCCCAAAAAGGCAUACUAUUUCUUGAAGACACCAGAGGGUAUUUCAAAAGGCAAAUUUUGAACCUUAUCGUGGGAUCAUUUUUCCGCUAGCUUGUAUCAAGUGUAGUGGUAAUAAGCCUUUUUUUAUUUUAUUUUAUUUUUUACUCCUUCCUGACUUUUUGACACACACAAUGAGUUUGUAAUAUAUAUUUUGCAAACCAUAUGUGUUACAGCAGUAUAAUACAUAUGUUGCUCAGUUAUGUCAUCUGAGUACAGCAAUACCCCCGUAUGUACCUUUACAAGGUAUAUGACAAUGUUGAAGGGGCAAGUUUGAGAUACAGCCAUUUAAGUUCGAAUUUUUACGUUGGGUCCAUGCCCCACUUUGGAAUUUUUUUUUUAAAUAGGUUGUUUUUUCCAAAAACUUUACAAAGGCAUACCGUUUUCUAAAGAAGACACCCCAGGGUGUUUCAAAAGGCAUAUUUUAAAACUUGGCAUGGUAUACUUUUUUCGCUAGAGGUAAUAUACAUUUCCCUCCUUUUCAAACAUAUUUUUUUUUUUUUUAGCUUUUAACAACUUAUUUUACUAUUUUAAAACUUUGUUUAAACUUUUCAAAAGUUUUUUUUUUUUAAUUAUUUUUUUUUUUUUUACUGUUAACCCCUAACAAGCCUAACGGUAAAUCCCCCAAUUUCCCCACUAACUUCCACCCACACUAUCUAAAUAAAUGUCUUACAAAUAUUUAAAUAAAUGUAACUCCUGCGGAUAAAAAAAAAAUUAAUCCUCGGGUUAAAAUAAGAAAUCAUAUCACAUUUAAAUACUGUUCUCUGUAUUUUGAUCACUGCAGACAGUAAUCAAAGGGCAGGGAAGGGGUUACAUUUUAUUUGAAGGGGGGGGGGGGGAUUUUAUAACUAUAUUUUUAUUUUUUUCUUGCAGAGAGCAGCAGAUCAGCACCGAUCUGUCUCUCUGCACUUCACAGCUCACACGGAGCUGCAGGAAGACAGAUCUGGUUUCACUGCAGCACGUGUGAUCGCUCUGACUCCCAGGUCAGAUCGAUCACAUGGGCUGUGAAAGUGAAACUGCCCACAGUAGUGUGCCUCUGACAAUUUCUGUCCUGCGUCCUUAAGGGGUUCAUAUAUAGCUGUAUUCUACCAAUUCUAUGUAAUAGUAAUAGACGUGUUUCUUGGAAUGGUGACUAGUCAUAAAGCAUGAUCCUUAAUGAUUAGAACAUAAAACAUGUAAACACGCGAUUUUGUAUAGCAGUCUUACUUCUGUUACCAGGUUCCACAUUGAAUGACAAAGACGAAGAUACACUACCAGCUGAGACUGGUCAGAAUCAUCCAUUUUUCAGACGCUCUGAUUCCAUGACAUUCCUGGGUUGUAUUCCACCAAACCCUUUUGAAGUUCCUCUAGCUGAAGCCAUCCCUCUUGCUGACCAACCACAUCUUUUGCAGGUAUAACAGAAUUUUCUUAAAGGAACACUCCAUUAAUUUACAUGAAGUUGUUAUGGUUCCAGGAGUCUCUAUGGCGCUCUCGCCUUAACGGGUUAAACCUUUCCCGACUGGUUUAACCACAGAGGUUGCUUUCAGCGCUGAUGUCCAGGUGCCCCAAGUGGCAUCAAAUUUUUGAAUCUGAGUUAGAGGAAACGCAGAGUGCUGCUAGGCAGGGGUGCCGCUGCAUAGAUAGAGCGGUCAGUUGAUGCUCUAAUGAAGGGGUUCCCAACACAGUCCUCAAGUACACCCAACCAGUACAAGAUUUAUGUAUUAUCCCGUUGUGUCUGUGUAGUUUUUUGGGGUGGGGGUGGGGUUUAAUUUACUUAUUUAUUUUAAAACUCCUUAGACACAACAGGGUAAUCCCUAAAUCAUGGACUGUUAGGGGGUACUUGAGGACUGGGUUGGGAACCACUGUUCUAAGCCAAUCCGUAUCUCCCCGUUCAUUAAGGUAAGAGCAUUGGGGUCCUCCUGGCACCAAAAACUUCUUAUAGAUUAUGUAAUAGUGCAGUGGUUCCCAACCCAGUUCUCUAGUACCCCCUAACAGUCCAGGAUUUAGGGAUUACCCUGUUGUGUCUAAGGUGUUUUUAGAAGAAAAAGAAAAAUUGACAUCAGACACACCGUUUUUUUGUUUAAUUACAUUUGGAAUACUGGGUACGACAUUUUCUACAAUCACUAUAUAUCUUUAUUUAUUUUUCUCUUAACUAACAAAUCGUGUUAAUAGAUGAGCACUUGAUUCUCUCCAUAGAUGAACUGCUGGUUAAUGAAGGCUAGUUUUGCGGUAUGUUGAUAUAAUUUGAAAUGAUAUUCUGUUAAUGGUGGAAUAGUAGCUGAUGACUGACUGUGGUCAUCAGACCUCCUGUGAUUCAAUGUAUUGAGCACUAUUUUAAAAUUAGUCUGUUUCACUCAACUGGCUGUCUUAAAGUUAUAAAAAAAAAAAAAAAAAACUGAUUGCUACUGUCAGUUUACUACAUUACUGAACCAGGCUAUGUGUAAUUACAUUAAUUCAGGAACAGACUGCUCUCACUAUGAACCCCUACUGCAGAGUUGUUUAUGGGAUAAGAAUCUCUUCCUGGUUAGAGAAGACUAAAUCAUGCUAACAUGGGAUCUUAAACUUUAAGUUUUAAUCUUAUUGCAUUAAUGCAUUGUGUAAGUCAUUAAAUUGAAUUACUUUAGUGAUACAACAUACAACUUCCCAGAAUUGUUAUACCAGUCCAGUAUUUAUUUCCUAGAAGGAACCUCUUUCUACUCUAAAGACUAAUAGUGUUACAUUAUUAAUGACUUACAGAUUCACAGCUGAACUUUUGUUGCCAGUGCUGUUGCUUUCUUUCUAAACAUUGCUGCACAUAUGGUCUGAUACCCAUAUUGUGAAUAAUCUGUCCAAUCUCAUACACUAUCUGUCCAUAGGAGGAAAUAACCUUAAAUUUGUUUUUUUUAAAGCCGAAUGCUCGAAAGGAAGACUUGUUUGGCCGUCCAAGCCAGGGUCUUUAUUCCUCUACAGCCAACAGUGGGAAAUGCUUAAUAGAAGUGACAGUAGACCGAAACUGCCUUGAGGUAAGAGGAAGCUACUUCCUUGCUUUGUGUUGAGUAAUUUGGUUUUAAUCAAUUUACUGGAUCGUUUUGUGGGACUUCAUAACAGUGUUCCAACAAACUUUCCCAAAUCAUGUACCAAUAGUAGCUUAUCUUUUAUUUAUUUAUAUAUAUAUAUAUAAUAUAUAUAUAUAUAUAUAUAUAUAUAUAUAUAUAUAUAUAUAUAUAUAUAUAUAUAUAUAUAUAUAUAUUUUUUUUUUUUUUUUUUUUUUUAGUUCAUCCAUAUAGCAAGGAUAUGAUGCUUAAAUGGUGUGUGCCAUGCAUAAAUGCAUGCAACUAGAAAUCCUAUUCUUGUCAGGCUGUAAAAUUGCUUAAUUUUUAAGCAGCUAUGUGCAGGUAGACUGUAACAUAUGGGCUUGUACUAUGACUUAUCCAAUAUGUCACAUUACAUUUUCUUUAAUAACUACAUGAUGUGAUUCUGUGCCAGUUCCUAAAAAUAGCUGGCUGUUUUUUUUUUUUUUUUUCGUGUUUGUUUUUUUCGUUUUUUUAACAAAUUUGUAAACUUUUUUUUUUUUUUUUAAUGCUUCCCUCCCCCACCCCCCCUGGUAUUUAGGUUCUCCCAACCAAAAUGUCUUAUGCUGCUAAUCUGAAGAAUGUAAUGAGUAUGCAAAGCCGCCAGAAAGAAACAGAAGAUCAAACUAUGCUGCCCGAGGAACCGGACAACUCCAAACCAGGCCCUUCAGCACAUGACCUAGCAGCACAAUUAAAGAGCAGUUUAUUGGCAGAAAUUGGACUGACUGAGAGUGAAGGUCCUCCUUUGACAUCUUUCAGGUACUCUUCUCUGCAUACCUCUAUUGAAUUUUGAUGUCAAGUGGACUUUCCAUUUUUCUUUAGCAAAUUGUAUUUUACUAGCAUAUAGUGGCAAUAUAGCACAAGUGGGCUGUACUUUCUAACUCAGUACAAGAAACUGUGUAAAAAAACAAAAAAAACAACCCUAAAACAUUUAAACCUCUCCUACUCACCCUAUAAAUGCUGGUCUCCCUAAUCCACUGCAAUGCUUUCUUGUACCGUUGGCAGGACGGACAAGUUUCUCUGUGGUUAGACUGAGGCACACAAGUUUCUGCCUGGGGGGACUGAGUCUGAUAGCUCCCUGGGUGGCGAGUUGCAGGACAGAACCACCUUUAUGAUAGUUUCUUACAGGAUUUCUAAAAUUAUUCAUACUACAGCAAAAAACUACACUUCAGAUUUACAUUUUAUUACUAUUUCAGUAAAUGUUUUUAAAUGUUUUGUGCAGACCAAUUCCUUCUUGGGUAUGUCUGUAUUUUCUAGGUAAAGUACUGCUUGUUUCCUUCCAAGAUGUUUCGAGGACAUCACCGCUGAUACUUGUUUAAUUAAAAAAAUAUUUUCUUUUAGGCCACAGUGCAGUUUUAUGGGCAUGGUGAUUUCCCAUGAUAUGCUCUUAGGACGUUGGCGUUUGUCUCUUGAGCUGUUUGGCAGAGUAUUUAUGGAAGAUGUUGGAGCAGAACCUGGAUCAGUGAGUAUUUAUUUUUAUAUAUAUAUAUUCUUUUUAAUGUUUUGUUUGUUUCUGUACUGAUUUUAAGAACUUUCUAUAAACAGAUUUUGACAGAAUUAGGUGGUUUUGAAGUAAAAGAAUCGAAGUUCCGCAGAGAGAUGGAGAAACUACGAAAUCAGCAGUCAAGAGACCUGACACUAGAGGUAAGGUGGCAAUUGUUUUCUAACUUUAGUAGUUUUGCCUAUGAUGCUUGCUUUACAAAUUGCAUGUUAUGGUGUAAAUUAUAAACUGAAGUCUUUAUAUUAUACACUGAUUAAACCAGUAAAGGAGAAGAAUAUUUUUUAAUUAUUGAUCUUUAAAUGUUAUUUGCCAUAUUCAGUGUGAAAGUCUUUUUUCUUUUAGUAGUUUGACCACUUGCACUCCCAUUAAAUAUGCGUGUUUUGGCUAUAUUAAUGAUGCCUAAUUUUCCUUUUAUCUUCUAGGUUGAUAGAGAUAGAGACCUUCUUAUCCAGCAAACAAUGAGGCAACUAAACAACCACUUUGGCCGUAGAUGUGCCACAACUCCGAUGGCUGUACACAGAGUAAAGGUCACCUUCAAAGAUGAGCCAGGGGAAGGCAGUGGAGUAGCCCGAAGUUUUUAUACUGCAAUUGCACAAGCAUUUUUGUCAAAUGAGAAACUGCCUAGCCUUGAUUGUAUCCAGAAUGCAAACAAAGGAACACAUACAAGUAAGAAUCUUUUAAGGCGCUGAUUAACAAUUGGAAUUUGGGACAUAAGAUGUCACAUCAAGCCAUAUAUAUAUAAUUUUUUAAUUAUUUUUUUAAAGAAAAAGAAUUGCCUCAAAUAUUAAUGUAAUCCAUAAAAUAAGUAAUUCCUUAAAGAAAUCUGCAUAGUUUAGAACCUAUGGUGGCCUGUGGUAAAAUUCAUAUGGUGUCUAACCAGUCUGUAUUCUAGCAGAUUGUCUUACAAAACAACAAAGCCAAUAGGAGUACUGUUGUCAGGUUUUUAUUCCCUUUGGCUCCCAUUGCCUCCAUUUCAAAUGCAGAGCUACUUUAACAACAGCCAACUAUAACAUUUAGGCUUAAUCUAUUUUAUCAAAGUGUGCUCCAACUUUAUUAAUAGUGGACAUCAAUAGGUUUUUUUUUUCUGUGCAGAAAUCAGAUCAGUUUUGGCUUUGUGGUUUCCCAUAAAUUAUGCUAAUGACUUGGGAUUUCUUUCUUUACUCCUUUUUUAAGGUUUAAUGCAGAGGUUAAGGAAUCGGGGUGAGAGAGAUCGAGAGAGGGAACGAGACAUGCGGAGAAGUAGUGGUUUGCGUGCAGGAUCUCGCCGUGAUAGGGACAGGUUAGUUUUAAGUAUAUAUUUGUAAGUUUGGUUUUCUGUUGCGUUUAUAGGCUUUGACUUGCCCAUGCUUACUUAGAGCUCCACAUUAACAUUGUUUUUAUUGUAGGGAUUUUAGAAGACAGCUCUCAAUUGAUACACGUCCUUUUAGACCAUCAUCUGAAGGAAAUCCUAGUGAUGAUCCAGACCCUCUGCCAGCACAUCGCCAGGCACUUGGGGAGAGGCUGUACCCACGUGUGCAAGCUAUGCAGCCAGUAAGUGAGCAUGCGCUUCUAUAGAUGUUGGCUUACCUUAUUCUGAACAUUUACUCCUAUAACUAAAUGUUAGCCGUUCUUUGAUGUAGGUGAAUGCAUAAAUGAGCAAGGCAGCUGUUUUGGUUGUAUUUGUCUGCUUUUUGGCUCUUCUUGGUCUUGUGUGCCAUCUAUUCAUUUUUUUUUUUUUUUUUUUAUUGAAUUCUGCCAACACCCAUAAUGAUAGUCCUAGCGAGAAACUUCUCCGCAAAAGAAUAUCCCUAUCUAUUACAAAAUAAUCUCAUUCAUUAAGAAAUUGGAUAACAAACCCCAUUGUUAAGUGUUUUACAAAUAAACAAAGUAAACUGAUUAUCUCAUGAUCAUCUUAUUUCAUUGAGAAGACCUGGCAGCUUUUGACCAGCAUCAACGCCAAGUUUCACUCCAUUUUUCUUACUCCAGAUUGCUCUGGAUAGUGGGAAGUACUUGUACUCUCAAGAACAAGUAAAGUUACAAGUUUUGCAAACCCCAUCCUUUCAUCACCAAAUGCUUAUUGUUACUUUUGUAUAUGACUGUUUCUUGUAGCCCAUUUCAAUUUAGACUGUUGCACUAGCACUUUAUAACUAGCCCACUUAUAUUAACAUCUCUAUAUCCUGUUUCUUGUAUUUAAUUCUUUAACCUUCAUAAUUGUACAACCGUAAAUCCAAUAAAAUAGUCGACUUUUAUGGCAAGUGCCAGAUUCUUGCAAGUAGUAAUGUUAAUCUUAUCGAAUCGAAUACCUCUUUUAUUUGUAUGUCCUAAAGGAAGGUUUUUUUUUUUUCUUGAAGGCAUUUGCAAGUAAAAUCACCGGUAUGUUGCUUGAAUUAUCUCCUGCGCAACUGCUAUUGCUACUUGCCAGUGAAGACUCUCUGCGGGCCAGGGUCGAUGAGGCCAUGGAACUAAUCAUUGCACAUGGAAGGUAAGCCAGGAGUUCUUAUCUCUUUGACUUGAUCUCUGAAUUAAAGUGCUAAACACGUACUUAUGGACAAACCUUUUUAAAAUAUACUUAAAUGAAUACUGGGCAAAACAAACAAUACUACUGAAAUGCAAAUUUGUCACAUUAAAUUAGCACAAUAAUAUGAAUUCAAUCUAAAACUUUAGUCAUUUGUGGUAGUCUUCAUGUAAAUUGGUGUAUUAUGAAAUAUAGUAACAGAACAGCUGUCAAACAAUUGACCUAAAGAUACGGUUAAUAAAAGUGAAAAUCCAUUACUGGAUAUGUCACUUUUUGAACCUAGAAUAUAUUUUUGUAUAGAUAAUUCUUGCACAAAGUAUCUGGUAGAAGCACGUGCCUUGGUGCUGCCAUUUAUUUCCAUACAAUUCCUGCCAACAUUGUAUGCCCACUCAUUUAUUAGUGCAAGCUGGUUUUUGAUCCUGCUUAAGAAUGCAAAAUGUUCAGUGGCUGAUAUCACUGCAUGUUUUCAUGAUUUUUUAUUUAUUUUUAUUUUUUUUUAUUACCUGCCAAAGCAUGUGAUUUCCUUUAGCCAUAAUGAGAUGGGAAUUCUUCCUAUGGAAAUCUAGUCUUCUUACUAACAUGAGAAUUUAGAACAUGUUUAUACCAAAGUCAAUGUUUCUUCUACUUUCCAUCUACACUGACCCAAUACAUUUAUUUUGUUUUCUCCUCUGUUACUCACAGGGAAAAUGGAGCUGACAGCAUUCUUGAUCUUGGUUUGUUAGAUUCAUCUGAUAAGGUCCAGGUAAGUCAACCCUGCUAUAGCCAACAGCCGUACUAAUCGUUCUGUUUCCUCUCUAUGAUGUUUACAGGGUUGCUUUAUGAUCCUCUUGCCUAUUUUUAUUAAAAUGGCGCAAAUUUGUUAUAGUAUUGAAGAAUUCAUAGUGAAAAAAUUGUGAUGAGCACUCUUAUCCUACUGUAUCAUCUAUGAUGGUACACAAUGACCUUUUAUCUGCAGUCUAGAAAAUAGGCUGACACAUGCCGUGCGGUUUCCACAAUCAAACGAAGACCAGGUAUCAUUAGUAAUCAAACCUGUUCCAUUACCGCAAUAAAGGGACACUGGAGGUGUGCUGGACUACUUUCUUUAACACCUUUAUACUAAACAAGACUUACCAUAGUGUGAAUCAAAUGCAUUUUGUUUUAGAAAAGUAGUGCCUCUUUAUGAUCAAAUUUCUAUGGUUUACAUACACUGAACAAAAUUAUAAAUGCAACACUUUUGUUUUUGCCCCCAUUUUUCAUGAGCUGAACUCUGAGAUCUAAGACUUCUUCUAUGUAAACAAAAGGCCUAUUUCUCUCAAAUAUUCACAAAUCGGUGUUAGUGAGAACUUCUCCUUUGCCGGGAUAAUCCAUCCACCUCACAGGUGUGGCAUAUCAAGAUGCUAAUUAGACAGAAUGGUUAUUGGUCAGGUGUGCUUUAGGCUGGCCACAAUAAAAGGCCACUCUAAAAUGUGCAGUUUUAUUACACAGCACAAUACCACAGAUGUCGCAAGUUUUGAGGGAUCGGCAUGCUGGCUGCAGGAAUGUCCACCAGAGCUAUUGCCCAUGAAUUAAAUGUUCCUUUCUCUACCAUAAGCCGUCUUCAAAGGCGUUUCAGAGAAUUUGGCAGUACAUCCAACCAGCCUCACAACCGCAGACCACAUGUAACCACACCAGCCCAGGACCUCCACAUCCAGCAUCUUCCCCUCCAAGAAGUCUGAGACCAGCCACCUGAACAGCUGCUGCAACAAUCUGUUUGCAUAACCAAAGAAUUUCUGCACAAACUGUGAGAAACUGUCUGAGGGAAGCUCAUCUGCAUGCUCGUUGUCCUCAUCGGGGUCUCGACCUGACUGCAGUUCGUCGUCCUAACCAACUUGAAUGGGCAAUUGCUCACAUUCAAUGACGUUUGGAUCUUUGGAGAGGUGUUGUCUUCACGGAUAAAUCCUGGUUUUCACUGUACAGGGCAGAUGGCAGACAGCGUGUAUGGCGUCGUGUGGGUGAGCGGUUUACUGAUAUCAAUGUUGUAGAUAGUGGCCCAUGGUGGGGUUAUGGUAUGGGCAGGUGUAUGUUAUGGACCACGAACACAGGUGCAUAUUAUUGAUGGCAUUUUGAAUGCAGAGAUACCGUGACAAGUUCCUGAGGCCCAUUGUUGUGCCAUUCAUCCUCUACCAUCACCUCAUGUUGCAGCAUGAUAAUGCACGGCCCAUGUUGCAAGGAUCUGUGCACAAUUCCUGAAAGCUGAAAACCUCCCAGUUCUUGCAUGGCCAGCAUACUCACCUGACAUGUCACCCAUUGAGCAUGUUUGGGAUUCUCUGGAUCGGCGUAUAUGACAGCGUGUUCCAGGUCCUGCCAAUAUCCAGCAACUUCACACAGCCAUUGAAGAGGAGUGGACCAACAUUCCACAGGCCACAAUCAACAACCUGAUCAACUCUAUGUGAAGGAGAUGUGUUGCACUGCGUGAGGCAAAUUGUGGUCACACCAGAUACUGUCUGGUUAUCGGACCGCCCUGCACCUCCUCCAGUACAGUAAAACUGCACAUUUUAGAGUGGUCUUUUAUUGUUGCCAGCCUAAGGGACUCCUGUGCAAUAAUCAUGCUGUCUAAUCAGCAUCUUGAUAUGCCAUACCUGUAAAGUGGAUGAAUUAUCUCGGCAAAGGCGUAGUGCUCACUAACACAGAUUUGUGAACAAUAUUUGAGAGAAAUCGACUUUUUGUUUAAAUAGAAAGUCUUAGAUCUUUGAGUUCAGCUCAUGAAAAAUGAAGGCAAAAACAAGUGUUGCGUCUAUAAUUUUCAGUGUAGUUACAUGGCUCAAGAGUAUUGCGUUCAUCAAGUGCAGCCUUCCUCACAUAUGUUUUUGCUGUUUGAUCCAAAAGAAGGCAAAAAAACAAGUCUGAAGCGCUACAAAUUUUGCAACAAACAAGGAAAAAAUUCCUUCUUGACCCCAAAAUGUCAGUUGGAUAUCUCCUUGGAUCAAGCAGCUAUUACCCCACCAAUUAGAAAUGAUAUCCCUGUAUGUUAUGUUUUUGAAGAUAUUUUUCCAAUUGCUGUUUAAACAUCUGUAUGGACUCUGAUAACAUUUUAAAAAUAAUUUUGCUAGAAUUAAGAACAAAAAACGUAUUGUGCUUGUAGCAUUCUUAGGUGGCACCAUUGGUGAAAAGUCAAUUAGCAUUAUUUUCAAUGUCAACUUGCUCUCCUUUUGAGAGUACGGUGUUUGUUUUUGUUUGGUUUGCAAUAUGCAUAUUCAUGCCAGGUGUGGAAUUUUUAGAAAUAUCUACUUGUCCUGACACACACAAUAUUUUCAGAUUAGGAACCCUGAGUAGAGCUCUGGACAUAGACAGGUUUUAGUUUAGAGUUUAUUGAAUACUUUCUCAUCCUUUACCUCCCAUAAUGUGUGUUGUCCACUCCUGCGCAGUUUCUCAAUUGUGUGAUGUAGUGAUCUGUCAUCACUUCUUCUGGCUGCCGCGCAGGAGCAGAGGAGAAUUUCCCUGCAAUUAUCUUCCUUCAUCUAGAUGCCCAACACCGGCAUGAUCUACAUACAAAAAACUGCUUUAUUAGACUAAAUUUGUUUAUAGUCACCAUACCUAUCACUAAUCAAUUCCCUGCCAUCUAGGAGUUUAUAAUCACUUUUGUUUCUGUCCCUACAGUCUUAGUCACAGACAGUGGAGGACUGGCUGAGACAGCCUGCAUGAAAUGCAAAUGGUUUCCUUUUUCAGUCAGAUGUUAACUUGCUUUAGAAGUUUUUAUCUCCUCCUCUGUAAAUUGAACUUUUCUUACACAGGAUGUCCCUGCAAGGUCAAGCAAUCUAUUAAUAAUGCAGGAGAUAAUACAUUUUAAAUUAAUCAGACUGUGCAAUAAAAGUAUAAACAUUAGAUCUGUUUAGGAAUGUAGUGGGUUUUGGUGCCUGUGGUCUCUUUAAUUACACAUUGAAAGUGUGAUGUAUUUUGAAGUUUGCAAUGUUUCUUUGCAGGAAAACCGGAAACGUCAUGGCUCUAGCCGCAGUGUUGUAGAUAUGGAACUGACAGAUACAGAUGAUGGUGAUGAUAAUGCUCCCCUUUUUUACCAGCCUGGUAAAAGAGGUUUCUACACCCCUAGACCUGGUAAAAACACAGAGGCCAGGUUAAACUGUUUCCGAAAUAUUGGCAGGUAUGUUUGACUUUGUAAUUGAUGAAUAAUUAGUCCUAUAAUUCAUACAAGAGAUUUGUGCGUGCUCUGCACAUGGCAUUUGCUUACUUUAUUUUUUGUGUUAUCUUCUGCAGGAUUCUUGGUUUAUGUUUACUACAAAACGAACUGUGCCCUAUUACAUUAAGUAGACAAGUUAUUAAAGUCCUUCUUGGAAGAAAGGUAAGGAGGCAAAUUCUAGAUAUUAUCUGCUCUGCUAAAAUGUUCUCACACAAAGUUACUAGGCAGUAUCUUUUGUGAGUGACAUUGGUGUUUUUAGUGAGAAUGAUUGUGUUCUAUUUUUUUUCUUUCAAGGUGAACUGGCACGACUUUGCAUUUUUUGACCAUGUGAUGUAUGAGAGUUUGCGACAGCUUAUCCUUGCUUCCCAAAGUGCAGACGCAGAUGCAGUAUUUGCAUCAAUGGAUCUAGCAUUUGCCAUAGACUUGUGCAAAGAGGAGAGCGGAGGACAGGUUGGUUUCAGAAGUAAUAAAUAUUAUAAAAUUUAAAGCAGGCACUUGGGUUAUUUUUCUAAAUGGAAUGUUCACCUGUAAAACAGUGGAUGGCAAGUUAACUAUUAUUAAAAAAAGUAGUAAUCUGUAAAUUAUGCAUUCCAAACUCACAGCACAUAGAGAACACAUUACAUUCUCUGUUCUUGUGGUUAGUUGGCUACACACUGUACCUUAUGCAUUCCCAGGCUUAAUUUUUAGCAAUAUUUUUGGGGACUGUAAACAGUUGCGUUUUGGAUUCCUGACCAUGAACAUGUAACCCUCAGUUAAUCAGCUUGCCAAAUUAUACUCUCUGUAUUGCCAUUGAGCAUACUGACUGCUUCAUUUCUGGUUAACAGUCAGAUGUUUUAUUGUUGAUUCCCUUUUACAAUCCUAAAAUUAAAGAUGUCCUCAGAACAAAUUGUCAUAAUUCUGACCCCAAUUUUAAGCCGUCUUGUAAUUAUUCUUUUCCUCUAUUGCUAUGAAUGUGUGAAUUUCAUUUAGCAAGAUUUUAAUUAACAAAUCUUUAUUUUACCAGGUUGAACUUAUUCCCAAUGGUGUAAAUAUCCCAGUUACCCCUCAGAAUGUAUAUGAGUAUGUAAGGAAGUAUGCUGAACACAGAAUGCUUGCUGUUGCAGAACAACCUCUUCAUGUGAGUACCUCCUACUUCAUAGGGAAAAAAAACAGGAUCUUGCAUACAUUUGUUAAAACGGUCUACUCAAUAUGCACCUUUCUUGUGUGUCUUCCAAAAUUGUAAAACCCUGUUUGCCGGCUGCUAGAUAUCAUUUAAAAUAAAUACGGUCAUGCUCCAUUUGAUAAUGUCUGGAAGAUAAUUCUGUCAAAACAUUUAUAUACAUUUUUAUUACCUUUUUUUUCCCCUUCUCUUUUGAAGGCAAUGAGAAAAGGUCUGCUAGACGUACUCCCAAAGAACGCCCUAGAAGAUUUAACUGCAGAGGAUUUUCGGUUAUUGGUCAAUGGAUGUGGGGAAGUUAAUGUCCAGAUGCUUAUCAGUUUUACGUCUUUCAAUGACGAGUCAGGUAUAAGAGACCAUUUCAGUUGUUAAAUAAUGUUGGUUUACAUGUUUGGAGUAUAUUUAAUUUUAUUUCUUUACAAAUAUUUUCUUUUUGCAUGUUUCACACAGGAGAGAAUGCAGAGAAACUAUUACAGUUCAAGCGUUGGUUCUGGUCUAUAGUGGAAAAAAUGAGUAUGACAGAGCGACAAGAUUUGGUAAGAAACCAUACCCCAAAUAUUGUUUGGUGCAUUAAAAGAAAAGGGGGGUGGCGGGGGAACCUCAUAAAAUAUUGCUUGGUGUAUUAAAAAAACAACUAAUUUGUGCAUUUUAAAAAAAAACCUAAAAAUAUUGCUUCCGUCUAUAUUGACAUGGGAUAUUGGUUAUACAGACUUUUGCUUCUAUAACGUUUAAAAAUGAGAAUAAAAAUAUAUAGCAAAUAUAUUUGCUUUGAGAACAGUUUCACUUAAAUCAAUCUAGGUAACAUUUCCAUGUUUACCUUGUUAAAGGAAUACUCUUAAAGGAUAGGCACCCAGACCACUUCAGCUCAUUGACGUAGUUUGGGUGCAUUGUCCUUGUUCCCCUUAUUCCUGACAUACAUUAACUUGUGGUGGUUAAUAUAUGCUGCACAAAUUGCUUAGGGAUGAAAUGGUUCUUCUUGGCAAAAUCCCAACACUCUAUGUGGAUGUCAAAUCAUGUUUUUGAAACCAGAAUCUAAAGUAAGAAAUCACAAAUGUACAUAAAUAUUUGAACCGUAUUUAUGAAAUAAGACAAAUUACUAAAGUUUAUGGCAAAUCAUGAUGAUCUGUAACACCUUGCUUCUCACCUCAUUAGGUUUAUUUUUGGACAUCAAGCCCAUCGUUGCCUGCAAGUGAGGAGGGAUUUCAGCCUAUGCCAUCAAUUACCAUCCGACCUCCCGAUGACCAACACCUUCCCACAGCAAACACAUGCAUCUCUCGCCUCUACGUCCCUCUUUACUCCUCUAAACAGAUUCUCAAACAGAAGUUGUUACUUGCUGUUAAGACCAAGAAUUUUGGUUUUGUGUAGAUUAAAGUGUGCUGCCGUGUAAUAUUCCUAAUAAUCCUAGCAAAUUUUUUUUUUUUUUUGUAAAUCUUUUUCCAUUUGUCUAUAAAAGUUUAUUAAAGCCUAUACUGUCACUCCCCCUGGUGGUACAUCAAGGACUAUCAUUUUGACGUUCAAUGUUACGGACGCAUCUAGCACCAGAGGGAUUAAUAGACAUUCCUAUGCUAAACUUUGCAAACUAAUAACCCGUGAUAAUCCUAGCACAUUUCGGCUAUGUACGGUUCGGCUAGGUGCCCUCUCUGGAAUUGACAGCAGGACAUUAUAAAAUACACUGUGAUAGUUUUUAUUCAAAGGUGAGAUAAGGUUACAAUGUUUGAAAAUUCACUGCUGCCUUUUGUGCAAAAUGCUUAAUUGCAGAUUCUUGUAUAGAGGGAGCAAGGAAUUUCAAAAUAAAGUGUUUUUUGUCCCUCUUCAUUUUUUCCCUUUUAUUUUAUUUGUGGAAAGGGAUGGGCAUUUUUUUUUCUCCCCACUCCAUGCUACUUAAUUCUAGUUUGGCUACAGUGUGUACAUGAUGUAUAAUAAACUUGUAAAAUUGAUAUUCUGAAGAAAUAUGGAAGUUAUGUUUUACUAUUCUGUUUUGUGUCUUAAUCUACAAAUUGCUGUAACCACAGUGAUUUCUUUCCCCGGCACCUUUUUCUUGGACUGAAACAACCUAUGGGGGAAAAAUAAAAAUAGGAUUGAGAUUUGCAUGUCAAAAGUAAAUGUAUAUAACUCUGCAUUUAAAUGCAUUGAAACACAUUUUGCUUCCUUUGUUAACGAUUUUAUUUAGUUUUUGUCAUUGAGCAUUUGGAGGGAUUACAAUUUACAGCAGAUCUCUAUUACUGUUUUUAAUUUAAAUGGACACUUUUAGUAAAAAAAACAAAACUAAGAAAACUGCAAAUGUAAAAUCGGUGUUUUGCGUGAUUUGUGAAUCUCUU